AUGGGCACCAAGUUGUCCUGCGUCAGCAAAGCUCCACCGGUAUGUAUAAAGUUUUCAAAGUUAUUACUUUUUUGUCUCGAUAUAGCACACGGCCGAUAAUUGUUUUUCAUGCAACUUUCAGCUAAGUAACAGAAGCGCCCUACUUUUCCCUUAAUUCUUUUAAAUUAAAAUACAGAGACAUUCAGGAAAUGCGAAGUCCUUAAAAGUAUGCUCUCGAGCGCCUAAUCACUUUUGAGCGCAUAUAACUGACACUGGUAGCACAAUUGUGGGGCAGGAUUUGUAUAUUUUCUUUACCGUAAAAUGCUAUCGGAUGUAUGAGGAAAUUACUAGCGCGAGAAACGAUUAGGUCGUUAUUUGCCUAAUGUUUUGUUACACAUAUGCAAGAAUACAACGAAACUCCAAACCAAAGAUCGUUAAUUUUUCGAAUGCGCUCAGUGAGAUAAAACGCGUCCCAACCGCUUUUCUUACAACUUAACUUGAAUUUUAUGCUGCUUAAUUCGCGCAGUUCGCUUAGAACAUAAUAUGUUUUGACCCUGGUUGACUCCGAAGCACGAGACCAAGCCAUAUUUCACUUGUUUAUACUGAAUUUGGCCUUACCAUCGUUCCAAUAGAGAAGGAGGGUCACGUAGUCCUGUCGUAAAUGGAUGAAAGACGAGAAAUAAUGAAAAGGUCUCGCGCUCCCUUUAAUUAAAAUCUGCGUAGUGGCUUGUUUACCGGGUUAGUUCUAUUUACCAGAUGUAGGCUGCUCUUAACUUGAAAAUCAGUAGGUUACUGAAAAGUGGUAAACGGCUUAAGACCAAAUGUAGUUUAAAGCAAUACGCUCUUUUAGUAAAUUCAUUUUUCAGCGAGAACCACAAGUUCGUGCAGAAUUGUCGAUCGAGCAUAAACAAAGCAUCAGCAUCAUAAGAAAAUAACCGAACCCCUAGAUUUCGGCUUUUUCUACAUUGCUGUUAAAAGACAUAAAACAUUGGUACAGCAUUAUCAUAGAUAUGAGCAGUCAACAUAUUUCAAUUCCACGCCAUGAUACAUGCAACUGAAAUGGUACAGAAUACUUUAUUUUGUAUAUUCCAAUUACGAGUUCUCCUUUAUAUACCACAAACGGUUGCAUCGAGGUAAUUACCUUAAAACCUUUUUUUAAACUUAACGGCCACCCAUUUCUUUGUGUAUAUUUGAUCCUGCAGAAUGAAUUAAAAUUUCGAUAUAUUCAUUAACAUCUUCAAGACCUAUGAAAUCGCGUGCGAAGAGAAUCAUGCAUAUUUUGGAAUGCCGACCUAUUUGGGCAUUUACAUAAUAUUUUAUACCAAUCCAGAUAUCAGAUUUAGUCACGACAAAAUAGCUGAAACAAUUCGCUGUUGUAUCGCUGUUGUAAAAAAGUAUCAGUAUAGUCAUUUUUUGUAAAUAUCCUUUGAAAUAUUAGAAUUUCGGUUAUUUAUGCCUAUGAUUUACUGCGUAGCUUCUUGCCAAGCCGAGGGCACAGCCCUUGGAAAUCAGCAUGCCUCUUGACUGCUUACAGCAGAAUGCAGACAGCUGUUUCUACGGAUGAGUAAGUCAGUGUAGGCCAGUUUGGAGACCCUCUUUUUCUUGCAAUUUAGUGCCGGUACGUAAAAAUUUUACUUGGUUAAAGUAUGCAACGCUAUCCAAAGAUGAUGUCCUUAUCAUGAACUUUUUGAACUCAGAAAUUUUGGGUGUCUCUAGAACAGGCCGCGUUAUGAGUCGAGAAAUUAAAACACCUCUGACACGCUAUUUGGAGGGUCUGUGAAAUCGUCUGAAGUCGUAAUAAGCCACUCUCUUCAAGAAUGAUGCACGGCCUUUAGAUAAUCGUCAGAUGUGGAGUCAUAGGACAUACCCCCCCAUACCAGACCAUGGAUCGCCAACAGUCAAUUACGAUAUCCGGUUGGGCUGGAAAAAGGACAAAUAUAUUAAAUAUUGAGGGGAUAGAGCUGGCCAACAGGCUCAGGUGAGAUGAAGCCGACUACUUCCAGCAAAAAAGGAUUUGCCCAGAUAGUCCUCGGGUAUAUGAUAGUGGGGUCCCUCAGUCUAACCGGAGUUCAUAAUAAAAGCGGGCAUUCAAGAUUUACUCUGGAGAUCGUGAUCAACAGACUACACGGGUGUUCGUGCACAGACGGCCAACAAAAACAUGAAAUGCUUUACCUCGUAGCUCAGGUGGUUAGAGCGUUGGCUGUACUAAAGCCUUCCCCUUUACUGCGAGGGUUCGAAUCCCACCGAGGCGCCGAGUUUUUCACAGUUGGGUCAAUAUGAAUACUAGAGAUGUCGAGAUGGCAAUUUCUAGUCUGUUUGCCGUCGUCUUCCAGUGAUUUUUCGUCGGCGGACUGUGUGUCCGAGACACGAACCUAAGCCGGUCAGCCAUCUCGACCUCAGCCGAUAUGAUAUGAUCCUGUGGUGCAAUGGUGGGAAUGUUACUCGAUGAUUAAUUGAAUUUAAAACUGAGCAUGCAGGUCGAGGUUGCUGAUCAAUGGCCAGGGAGGACGAGCAUACCAAAAAUGCCCAUCUAUUAUCUCUGUAUUUAUUCGCCAAAACUUGUCGGGUAUUUUGUGACCUUGCAAAGACUGAUGGCGGAAUAUUCUAAUGAGUUUUUGUGUGCACCGUCUCUCCCCGUGCCGUCGUUUGCUGCCUUAGGCUAACUCGCGAUGAAAGGCCGCGCGCCGACCAGGUGUUGCUUAUGCAGUUCGUGUGUUUCCUCGCUUUCCUGCUAUGCCCUCUGCGUCCACGUCAUGUGCUGUCGACUACUCCCACCGCUGCUCCGCUUGCGCAUAAACAAAUUUGUUGUCCUGACUUGUGUGCUUACGCGCUAUGUGUGUACGUGCUGCACAGCGCCCUCGGCUUGACGAAUAGUAAUCGAACGCAGCAACCGGUACCCACGUCAUCACUAGCGAAGAAGUCGGCGCAAGAUGCGCAUAUGCUCCUACAUUCGGGCGGGCCGUGCAUAUGCGUACCUCGCAGACGCCAAUGGUAGCAUUAAUAACGAGGAAGGUGCACCACAAUCCACACGCACACACACAGGACGGACUACGGCCUUUUUACUGCAUCGCAUAUUUCUGGCCUCUCUUGUCACUUGAGUGUGUGUGUGUGUUGAAACCUGCACACCAAUAAAAGCGCCAGUGCACAUACACACGAAAUGUAAACGCCAGAGGCUAAUUGGUGCGGGACAGAGGUAUCUGUCAGGUUGGAAACAAAAUUAGCCCUCCGCUGAUAAUCCCACUAAGACGAGUUCUGCGAUAUUGCAAAUUCGGAUCCGACCCAUCCGAACAGGUUAGACGGCGGACUGGAGGGGAGGAGGGGACAAAGGGACAGUAUAAAAAAAUCAGCGAAUAGCGGAAUUCCGAUUAGUCCUAUUAUUAAAGUGACAGUGACAGUCCGUCAGGGUGUAAUUUACGAUAAGCACAUAAACACCAAAAUUUGCAUGUCCGGCAUGUAGAUAACUUAGUAUCAAUGAAGCCAGGACCAGUACAGAAACUGAAACUGCUGCCAUAUUCUAAAUAGACAGAGGUUAAUAGAAAAGGGAGGCAAUUAAACGUUUUUCUUCCGCAUAAAUCAUUCUACCCGACUGUUUAGCGGCUGGUUAAAAAACAUUCCAUGAAAUUAAAAUAAUAAUGUCCGAGACGAUGCUUGAAGCAAGUAAAAUAACCGCGUAGACAAGAAACGGGUGCAACAACAUCGGAAGUCGGCACAGCCAACGUCGUAAACACAAAAGUAGCUAAAGCUGUGUCCGUCUAAAUUUGCUAGAUUGACACGUCAGCAGGAUAUGUUAAUCACAAUCCGCUGUGUUGCUAUGUGAGUUACCAAUAUUUCCUGUUUAAAUCUGUAUGGUACACGUGGAAAAGUAGGCAAAUUAAAACUAAGGAACAGAUAUUUAAAUUACUCCAACGCAAAAUCAUUAAACCGUCCAAACUUAUGGAUUUGGGGAAACGUCAUUGCGGUUUUAGUCUCAAUAGUCGUAUAUAUAUUCCGUGAACUUCAGGCUUUAAACAAGGUGAUUAGAUCAGCCGCACAAAAUCUAGCCUGUUUGCGGCCGAUAAGCAAAUAAGCCCAUGCAUAGAGCGCAGUCCUCCUUCAUGAACAGAAGUAAGGAUGUGAGUCUCGUGUCCCUUUGGGAAAUAGUAAGAGAACUUAGGUGUCACAUGAGUCUGUUCAUUGUAUUAUUCAUUGGGUCACCGAAGUCCACAUAGGAGGUCCCUGAGAGAAAAUCAGUGAACAGGCUGCCUUCGCAGUCUGACCACCUGCUGGCAUUGUUUACACUUUGCUGAAGGUAGAGUCGCUUUAUUUUUCGUGAAAUGAAUGGAGUGUUAGGCAGGAGGCAGAAUGAUACAUCGGUUUAUAGAACUGCCAAAAUAAAUGAAGAACACAAACAACUUUCUAUCUGUAUUUUUGUCAUAAUCAUUUUAUCGAUAAAGUUGAACAUAAAGCCUGUCUGUAGGGUGUGGUCACUGACAUGGGAGUGCGAAUCACUCAUCUGCAGAGACAGCUUGGGCUUGAACAUCACAUAUCGUCAGUCUUCUAAUGAUGUGAUGUGACAGAUGUGACAAAAAUUCUGAUAACUGCAAAAGGUGCUCUACACAGGUCAGUGUUUCAAUCACGGUGUCCCUUUUUGGUCGGUCAUUUCGUGGAACGAUUAUGCAGACACCCAGCCUUACGAUAAUGCGUUUGGCAGCCUCUGAGACCUUUUGGACAUAGCUAAGAAUGUUUCAGGGUCCUUGCAUUUCUUUUGUUAAUUCAUGCGAGGAGAGACGGAGCAACCUGCAUAAGACCCCUCCAGGGCAGACAUUCCUCUCCAAAUGGAUACCUGAGCGCUUUAGCUCGUCCCUCGUGUCACUUUAGCCCCUUGUAGUUACUUUUAGCGGGAUUGUAAGAUUGCUCCACUUACGAAACAUAGGGUGAUUGCCGCGAUACCUCUGAACAGGUUUGGUGUUGCUUACUUUAUUGCAUACUAGGGCGCUGCGUCCGCCAACCUUUUUCCUACGAGUUAAUGCUAAGUGCUGUUUAUCAAACUCGUCUUGAGACAAAAUAGCUGGCCAGACUAAAUCGUGCUGUUGAAUUUCAAUUAAUGUAAGUAGCAUGAUACCCUCUGAUUAAUCUUAUUAGUCAGACUAAAUAAAUUCGCGAAUGUGGGAUAAAAUACGCAUCGGCGUUGAAGUCAGAGUCGCGUUGUCAUAUUUAUCAUUGUCUGCGGGACCAGACAACAAUUGAAUAGAGGAGCGGAGUUCCACAAUAAGUAUCCAAAAUGUCCGUCGCUUUUCUACAGACCGCGUAUGGUAUGGAGCACACUUCUACUUGGCGAGUGACGAUCAGACGAGCACAAAUCAGUCUGUAGAGGUCCAGAAAUCUGAAAUAGAUGUUGGCGAUUAAAACAUUAUAACGGCCUUCGAAACUAAAAGUUUACUUGUCACACGAGCUUAUGAACCUUACGAUGUUGUUACGCAGUUGCCUCCUAAUCAAAAAAGGGACAUUAUUUCUGAAAUGAUGAUGAUAUCUGUUUCCACAGGUUUUGUAAAUAUAUUAAGAUGGUACGAAAGAUGCCAGUUUAGAGUUAUUUCAAAAUUCUCAUAGUUUCAACUAUAAAACUACAGUUGGCAGCUACGCAUCUUUGCGUUUUCUCGUCCCAAACCUCUGACCAUUUGCAUAUUCCUUUGUUUCGUACAGAAAAUUUGGCCGAAUUCCACUUUAAAUAGUUUCUGGGUUUCGCGCUGUCCGUUUUUUCGAAUAGCGUACAUCGCUUUGGGCUAGAUGACUGUCGACAGAAAGUCUUCUCGCGCUUGGACAGGAGUCCGCCAUGUGUAGGCGUUUUAUGUGAUUGGCUUUGGUGAACCGAUUCGAGGAGCAAACGUUAUGCUCUCGCUCGUUUUCUCUGGUUGUCGAAUUAUGCUGCUGCCUUUCUCCGUUUGUGUCAGAAAAGAAUGGUCAUCGGUGCGGUUGUUCUCGCAUGGCUGUGGUUGAAGGUCUCUUAACAAUUUGGUUCUUCAGCACAGUGGCAUACUGGCUCGCUGGAAGUCCAGCUUUCUGCUUAUUACCGCGUAGUUAUUUUUUGAGGUCUGCUAUUGAAUAUCCCCAACUUGAACGCCCAAUAGUCGACCCUCCUUCUGCAUAUAUAUGAGAGAUAUACAAGGCAUCGACCCUUGACAAUUGGUGCAGCUUGUGUCUGUGCGAGUUGGUUGGGAGACAUUUUACAAUGGCCCGUCAUGAUCAUGGCAGAAAAAAUGUACGCAUUUGACAGACUUCACGGAAAAAACCUAUUUUAAUCCACUCGACAAUGUCUUUAGGGCUUACUUAAAAAUUUGAUGGACGUGGAUCAAAGAGACGGUGGUUUCUGAAAAUUGCGCAUUAAUGGACAUUCAGUUCACGUUUUCAGGGGUUCAGUAACGGUGUUAAAGUGUUUUCAUGUCAAUUUAUGCCUUGCUUAAAAAGGUCAUAAACCAUGUUUGGGUUUUCUAGUUCCGUCCCUGCAAAUGAUAUGCAUUAGCUGAAACCGAGUUUGUUCUAAAUUACGCUUAAAACAGGCACAGUGAUCGUCGUUGAAGUAAACAUGCGAUUGUGUUUUUCCGUUUCUCAACCGCUUAUCGAAAAUCGUAGAGAUUUCGGAUCCUCAUGCAUGGUCAGUUAUGAAAACAUUCGUCAGUAUUUUCCACCUAACGACAGGUUAAGUAACAUACCAUGCAAGUGAACCAGUUAAUGAUCAAUCCUCAUGCUUUCACCAGAGACCCAAACUAUACUCGAUACACAAGUACUAAGUUAACGAAUAUUAUGUGGAUAUGCAUGCAUAUCACCAAUUGUUAAAGUAUCCCUGAAGGAGUCCUAGUUAUAGUCACAUGCUUCUGAUAUUUUUGCAAUCUUAAACAAAUUAAUUAAAAAUUCUUUGUCCAAAAAUGUCCAAAGCGUUUAAUUUUUAAUUUCAUGGCUAACCGAAAAGCGAAUAUCUAUUGAUUUUCUUAAUCCGCCAUAAUUCUUAAGAGUUUGGAUGCACCAAUUAGUCUGUGUUGUUAUAAGAACAGUGAAAAUCACAUCGGAAAGCUUCGUCAUUUCCAAAAUAUCAGACUAACCUCAACAUUAGAGAAAGGACUGAGAAAACUUGACCAUUUAAGAAUACCUGAACGCUUUUUCGGCACACAUUUUGAGGCAUUUACUUCUCUUUAUUAGCGCAUAAUUGGGAAAGCAUUUUCUUUUGCGUGAUAUGCAAUACAAAAUCAGGUGCCUAUAUGGUGAUUUAAGCAGGAAUUUAAAAACAUUCUUCUCAUAGUAACGCAAAUAUUAACUAUGCACUGGCUUCUAAGGCAUUGGUUAUCCGCGCAUACCUUUACUUCGAUUUCUCUCGAGAAUGGACGUUUCCGGGACCAUAUCGUCACUGCUGUCUUAGGCAAAACUUAACUAAACAUGAAUUCAAAUAAAAAAACAGCUGAAAAUUUUAACCUUUACCUCCUGUUUAGAUAAGCGGUGAAAAGAAGCCGAAGAAACAGAAAGGAAAGAAAGUAGUUCUUGACGGUAAGUAAACUUAUGGCUUAAUUUCGUAGUACAACGUUUCAUUGACGUUAUCCUUUUAUGAAGAAAUGGGACAUAGUUCACUUCAGAACGCAUGCUUAAUUGCCUUAUACUACCCUUGAUAUUUUAAACAAGAUGUUGACAGUGUGAGAAAAAUAAUUGUCUGUUAAUAUCAGAUGUUUACUUGGCUCUCAAUACAUUCAUCCCUCUCUUUCAUUUAGGGUAAAAUCCCAUUUAAGUUCAAAAAGCUCAUUUUCAUCUUAUAUAGGAUAUCAUUUCCAGAAGUCUAUUACAGUUUUAUAAAUGCCAGCAUAGACCUUUGCAUGAAGCUAAUUUUGAAAACAAAAUUGACGAUAUACGGGAGAGCGGUCCGCUCUAAAAACUAAAGUUGAGCUUAUAGACAGAUUAUCACCCGUGUGAAAACAGAGUUCCGUGAGCUUACAAGCCAAGCACGCGAUGGGGACAUAUAGGAUAUGUUUAUUAUUAUUAUAGUCAUAAAACUGCUUAUGAAUCUUUAGCGAGUUGUUUCUAAUUUUUAGUGGGGCGAACUGACCCUAAUAGAAGAGAGUAAUUAUUAACAUGCUCUGAUGCAAUAAAGACAUGCACCUGUUUACUAUUACGUUUAUCGGGUCUAUGUGGAAACGUCGUCGAGAUAAAGCCUUGUCGGUAGACCUCAAAGAGUUCGUAAUGAGUUAUGUAGGGUCUAAAUAAUUUAUCCUCAUUGAUUUUUACAAAAGCAUUUAUAUACCAAAAGGCCUUAUUUUUGUAUCUAGGAGCUAAAAGCGCAAAAAUAAAUUAGUAGGUUCGAUGACAAAAAGCUGCCCUUGAUGCUUGACGUGAGACCAUAACACAAUAUAUUUUUCGAAAAUGCUACAUAUAUGAGGAACUGUCGGCCUAGCGCUCAUAUUUGGGAUUAUACAAUGAAGCAUGUUUGCGUGUCUUAGACAUACAAAUACCGAUGUGAAUAUAAGUCCACAAAAUCCAAGCUGAGAUAGUAUAUAGGCAAAAAGGCCUAAAUAAAUUUGUUUAGAAUGUACUAAAACGCAAAUGUGCAAUCAUUUAUCUUCAUCCAUUUCAGCGACUGUAUCGUUUUGAGCUACAAACUAAACUCCUACUAUACAUGAUUUUUAUUUCGACCACUUAACUGGUUUCGCCCAAAUUAAUGGUAAAUGCUUGAAAAGAAGUCACGGAUUAUUAGCUAACAAUCAAACAUUGCCCCUUUUAAUAAUGGGCGGAGUAAAAAUUCGGUAUUGCCCUCCGCUACAGCGCCUGUUUUGAAAGCUCCUGUAUGCUUUCCGGCCAAAUAAUAUUUACUGCGAAAUUAAUGACGAAAAUUUGGUUACCGUCACCAUCAUCCUCCAGGUAGUCCUGGAACCUAUAAGGAAGAAAAAUUAUCUGGAUUUUAAACUGAAUUCCUACUGGUAACCCAGCUUUAUUUUUAGGCCGAUAAUUUUAUCAGGCAACCAGGAGUCAGGUAGAAGUUGAUAGUUAUCACGCGCAGUAGAUUAUCCAGUAAAGUCUUUUAAAAAUCCGGUUUAUAUUUAUAAAUUUAUUUGGGUCCUCUGUAAGUGCGUCGACUUUCAGAGCCGCUAUUCAUAACUUCCGUACACUGCUCUGUUGGAAUGCCGCCCAGCAGCAAGUGAAUAAUCUGUGAAUAAGCAAUCACACGUCCAUUUGCAACGUAUCACCUGCAAACAAAUACGCAGAAUGGGACGACAUUCGUCAUUACAGAGGUCUUACGCACACUUUAUAGUAUUGCAUAUGUCAAUUAUUGAAAGGAACAGCGGAUUCUGCAUUAGUUGAGAAUAAUGCAUCAGUUAUCUGGGAGAGAGGAGUACAUUUAUUUGAAAGUUCCCUUUUUACUCUCAAAAUGACUAUUUGAAGAUUAGAUAAAUUUUAACAUCAUCAACCUAUUUACUGCGAUUUGUUGGUCCAUCGUUUAACUCUCAAAGCCUGUGUUACCUGACAGUACUGCCUUCUGCGAAUUCAGGACUAUACCUAAAUCAAGCCAAUGAGCUUGUUCGAUAAAAAGCUUUAUUAAGGACCGCGCUUGUGAGUAAUAAAAUAUGGACAGAAACAAAUUACGACAUUUUGAUAACCUCUGCCCACAAGUCAAAACCUUUAAAUUAGGUAAAUAUAUUAUUCCACGUAAUUAUUAUUAUCAUGUAGGCAACUAUCGGCCCCAUGAAAGACUAUUGAAAAGCCAAUGGAGGUUUCUGCAGUGCAUUUAUUCGUCCUCCAGCUUUUCCAACAACUGGGUCUACCGAUUCUUUUUGAUAAAGACAUCGUACACUACAAAGCUAUUUAUUGAGCUCUUACGGUUAGCGUUCCAUCUGCCGUUCGACGUUAAAACGUAUGCUCCGGUUGUUGGCGAUCGAUUUUGUAGUCGCUGCCUUGCAGUCAGCAUGCCUGCUCGCAUUAACCUUUAUUUAUCUACUCGUUUGAAACGUGCUCCUGCAAGGCUGAAGGCUAGGUAAUACCGAUCUUUACUCGCGUCAUUAUAUCCCAGUUGUCAAACCUUGACCACUGAGAAGUUGCCAGUAUCAGCUCGAAAGGGAUUAUUGGCACCAUAGCUGCAUUUAUAGUUUCCCCAGUUAAAUCCAUUUGGCUCAGACAAUGACAUAAGCCGCAGUAAACAUGGGGAAUUUAACAGAUCAAUUGACCGUCUCUGCUUCCGAGGAGGUCUACAUGAUAUAUAAAUAUUGACCUCUCACACGGCCAUCGCAAGGGUCCGCUAUUGCUUCCAUAUGUUAGGCACGUUUUAAGAUGAGUUCGCAUUUGUGCAGUCUACUCUGCGGCUUUCAUUUGGACUCAACAGCAUGGUUGGACUCGUCAUGUUUAAGGUCGAUUCUAUGAACUAUGUUAGUGCUCUCGCGCGCAAACAGACAUGGCACCGUGUGACAAUAAAGUGCCUUUGAAGUUUCUAUUUAAAAAAUACAAACUUCAAUGCUCCUCCUCGCGAUAAUUUUCCGUUUUUCAGUCAAAACAUUUUAAUAAUCCAUCUUAUGGUUAACCGGCGUGUAUUGUCAUUGUAAAUUAAAUUAUACUUCCCCAAAUCGUUUGCUGUGCCCUUCAACGGUGUCGCAUCGCGGCCAACAAACGGAUCAUCAUUAUACUGAUCAAAUUUCACCAUUGAUUUGAAUAAACGAGUUAGCACAAAUGAUAUUUAAUGUAACUUAGUCUACUCUGUCUACCCUUGGCAAUUAACAAUUACUUUUUUUGUCCGAAAGCAGGCGCUCAUCAUGGAUAAAUAUUGUCGAUCGUUCUGAUGACAGUUUAGUUAAUACACGUUGCAUGUUUGCAAGAGAACACAUGUAUUGCAAUUCUGCAUAAGAAGGCAGGCCUUUUAUUUCAAAAUUCUCUCAAAAAGAAGUUGAGAUCCAUGCCAGAUGGCGAAUAGCACUUAUCCGAAAGCAAACUAUUUGUAUGAAAUGGUCACUAUCGGUUGGUUAUUCGCUUUAAAUUAUUACGUUUACGUCUGAAUAUUAAAAUGCAUACUGGUUACAUUUAUGCAGAAUCGACUACUUUCCGUCUACCUAUGUGUCAUUGGUAAUUGCUUAACGGUUCUUCAUGGUGCAGUACUGUUACUACGUGAAUAUGACGCCACAACAUCGCCCAAAUGUAAUGAGAUCAUGGGUGUUAGUUUUUUGUCAUACGAACUCAAAAGAUAGGGGUAUACUCCAUAGUUGGUGGAAAAAUAUUUGAUGACACUAAUGAAUUCUCAUGAGUCUUACAUUAGGGGUUCCUCAAUAACGUCCCAAAUUUAGAGGGAAAAAGCUGUGUGAAGGAAGAACGUUUUACGUUUACUGGGUUUUAUUGUCCUAGUCACAAACGUAUAUAACACAAUAUUCAAGAUGGUAAGAAAAAGCUAGACAGUCGAUUAUUUUCGUCCACAUGAACAAAUUGGAAAUGCAUGUUAUUACGACACAUUUCAAUUUUAACCAACUAACUUAAAACAUCAAUUUAAAAAUUCAACAUUUAAAAUAAGAAACGUGUACAAGGGCACAAGAUUACCAAGAUUCACCAAAUGUAUUACUGCAACACGCAAAAUGCAAAUUUGAAACUAGUCAGAAACGGACACGUACAAUGCCUUAUCAUCCAAAAUUGGAGAUUCCAACUUCCAGAGCUCGAGUAUAUAAGAGAUGGCCACAUUUAAAGUGACAAAUGGAGGGCUUCUUUUCGCAAUAUGCGCGGGCUUGUUCAGAGACCAUCUUUGCCAAAAUACCACAAUAUUUUUCGCAUCUAGAAUUCAUUACUGUCAACAAAAAUGUGCAAAAGUACGUGCAUGGUUGUGACAACAAAUUUUUCGAUAAAUUAAAGUAUAAUUGCAUAACCAGGAGUAACGGUACACACAAAUUCACCGGGCCAGAGUAAGUCGCAUUCCUAGGGGGGAAAGCAGGGAGUGCGGAAACACUCAUUACACUAGCUAACAGGCAUCCGACAUUUUUGUAAUCUCCUAUGCCUACUAGUUUCUUCAUAUUGUAUAAUUGUUUUAUAUGAGAGUGCAGCAAAACAUCAGACUAAAGGAACUUUGAAUUAAAAUUUGGAACAACAUCUUUGGGGCGCGUUGUUUUAGAUUUAGCUAUCAAAGCUUCAAAAGAAACUGGGCGAAUUCAGUUCGAUAACACUCAGAUUGGAAAACAAGUGAUCUGUAGCAUACUGACAGUUCGAUCGUCGUAUCUGUUUAUCACUACUGCGUAAGAUGGAGCAGGCAUGGUGACUUGCGCAUGGAUUAGUUUGUAGUGAAAGUAAACUUGCGCGGAAAAUACAGCAUUUUUUCCUCCUCCAUCUGGGUCCAGUGUCCUAACAUCGUCAAGUAGACCGGAGGCGGAAGAGGGUGCAGGUGACUUGCACGAUCGGAUCCGCACUCAGGCGUACCACAAAACCCCCUGGUCUGCAACAAACACUUCAUUAGGGUUUUAAUCAUUAACAAAAGUGGAUUACACUAGUAACUAGGGAACUUUGCUCACGAUGUGUAUACCCAACGGGAGUGCAAGCGCAUUUACUGGCAAGGCAAAUGGUGCCAUAGAAUUGCCAGCGCCCGCCAGGCUACGAAAGUCGUACGUAACUAAAUUUUGGGAUAGCAGACACACGACAUCCUUAAAGCUGUUCUGUGGCAUAGUUAACAUGAUGACAAUACUUCAAAUUCGCGAAUUAGUUUCCAAUGAAUUUGACAGUUUCAAUUUGAAAAAUCAAGGAUAUGCAGGUUAUUAUAUGGGAAACGUUACGGAACUCACUAAAGAGUCAUUUCUCAGUUACUUCGUAACCCACUAGCGCUUCCGCAAUAAGGGCAUGACCUUUCACUUAUGUAGGUACUGCGACAAACCAAUUUAUAUGUAUGAGUAAUAAAUUCAUAGUUAGCUGAUCUUCCACAACGGGCAAUGACAUCGCGGACAAAGAGAGGUUGAAAAAUGCUUACCUUUACACGUAGCAACUACCUAAGAGCAUUUGUUCUUUGAAACCAUAGAAACUUUCAGGAACUGGAAGUUUCCUUAAUCAGUUAUGUCUCGUUGCAUCUUCUGCAGUUAGUUGAUUCCUUAUUCCUUGUACACAAUCAAUGAGGCGUCUCUCAGGCCUGAAUAAUUCAUUUUAAAAAGCCUGACCUUUACCCACUGAAUAGGCGGGUGUUCUUAAUUUUUGCGGAUACGAGCACGUUAUAAAACGCUUUUGACUCAAAUAAAGGAAUGUUUUUACGUCUCAUAUAAGAAAAAUUUCCGAAAAUGUUUCAUUCGCGAACUGAAGACUGUUUGAUAAGCACGCAUGCAGCCGCUCCUAAAAAGAGGUAUAAGUUGUUAGAAGUGAAUGAUGGAAUGUCAGGCGAUCAGAUUCUUUUUUCGUAAUUCAAAAUUAAACACGACUUUUAAUGUUCUCUGUGUGGGCAAGAAAAUUCAUUUUGACUCACCAGGAUUUUCUAACUAAGAUUCUUCUUGUAAUCCACCAUUGGUGACAAACAGGGGAUGUUGUUGAAGCGACAGCGGACAAUCAACAACAAGCAGCGCCGACUGGAGAGAACCACGUUAGAAAACUGGUAGUGUUUCUCUCCGCAGCACCGGCAGACUUUAAGCUUCCUGCUGCCGCACCGUUACUGAAGAAGGACAAAGAGGGCAACUACCAACCCCCAAUCGAGGCGAAUUCUUGCAAGCCAGCAGCUGACGUACAUAAUCUGCUCACAAAACCGCACACCGAGCAGCCUGUGGACUCUAAAGCACGACUCCUUGCAUUGGAUGAAGCAAAACCGAGCUGUUGGGCUGACCUUUAUUAUCACUUAAUCACAUCUCGUGGGCUAGAGACAGAUGAAGCGAAGGUGAGGGCUAUCUUCAGCUGGUUGUGCUCCAAGUCACCGGAAGAAAUUCCUUUUCCAACACCUGAGUCUAUGGAUGGACCGAAAUCCAAGAAGAGUAAGCAUGAUUAUCCGCCGGACUCUCCGGAUGUCGUCUUGCCAAAGCUGGCGACCGGUACCGCAAACUACGUUCAGGUAGGAGGUGAAACACUUUAAUAUUUAAUUUUUCUUUCACAUCGUAAGAAGUCCUUAAUGCACUGUUUAGGUCGAUUUGCUCAAAAAAUAAAACAAAUCGCAUUUGGGAGAUGGUGUCGUCACGGCCUUCCCUUCUUAAUUUUCUUUUUGUUCUUCUUCUACUCUUCCUCCACUUCCUCUUCUUCACCACAUUUCUUCCACUCCUCUACCUCCUACUCUACCUAUUCUUCUUGUUUUUCUACUUCUCUCUCUUUCUUCAACACAGUCACAUCGUAAAUAGGUUGCUCAUACACAAAAACCUGCAACUAUUAUUUUAAAAUAGUAAACGGUGUUUCUUUGGCAAUUAGAGCUUUGCAAAUAUUUUGAAUCGAUUGAGGGCUCUAAAGGCUGCCUCGUAUUCCCAAAUGCUAUUUUAUUUACUUUGCGGAUUCAAAAAGAACUAUUCACGAUCUGUGUCUAGAUGUCGUUAAGAUUAUAAUGUGCUACCUUAUGGAAAAGCUCAACAAAGCAUUACCUUUUUAAUGACUCGGUUUUUAAAAUGCAUAUCGUUAGUGAAAUAAGUUCACUAAAGGUAUGUGGGAUAUGUCUCUUCAUACAUACAGCCUGAAAGUCUGUAUUUUGAAACCUUCAAGGGUCUGAUACAGUGGCCAUUCAAUUAGGGAAGCGUUGGACCCUCAAUAGAAAGAGUUGACGGUGUUAGGAUAUUUUAUUUACAAGGGUUUUCCCCGUUAAAUGUUCAAAAGGCGAUAUACCUUGGCCUCAGAUUUGUGGCGUUCACGAUUAUCUAGUGAAUUCAGGCGCUCUCUAGGAUUUUUUCUCAAAUUUUAGGAUUUUUAAUGCCUAAUAGGUCAAAAAUGCUGUAUACGGGGAUCACACAUGCAUUUUAAUCAUGUUUCAGGUUUUUUACGAAGAUACGACUAAUCUCUUUGCUCGUUGGCAAACACUAAAACAAACGAUUUCAUGAGUACGAUGGCAUAUAAUUAUUGCACUAUGAGACCCUUGAAAAUCAGGUUGAGUGAGAAGCAAUUAAAAUCCAAGUAGGCCGGAGUAUAAGCCCUGUUAAAUAACUGUUUCGCUUCUUCAUGUUAAAAGUAUCUAAUUUAGAGCGGACUUUUCUUUUAAAAACAAGAAAGUCUCCUAUGGUUUCAUUUAGAAAGUCAACGAUAAUCAACAGUUUGUGAGCACAAAUCUUCUGGGCUCAACCAAUGAUACGCAUUUGUGGCAUGCUUUAAACACGUGAAUUGUGUUAUUAAGUGGAAAAUUUUGAUUGAGCCUUCAGACAAACGAACGUAAAACCCUACGACCGUGGAAAAUAUCAAAAAGCUGUGUGGUCCAGAAACGAAAUAUAAGUUAACAGCACCCGUUUUUAAACAUUAAGCUACAGGUCGCUCUGUUUCGUAAUUUGAAUGCCUCAACAUUGAGUCUGUGGAAUCAAAAUGGAAUGUAUGUUUGAGUUAAGAUCACUUACGCAAACAAGCCUUUUGACGUGUCCUGCAGUUUGACGACGCCAAUGAGAGAGAAUGAGCUUACUUUGAAACAAGGACGUUGAAGUUUUGGCAUGAGCCAUUUCGAACCACUAUACUUAAAAUACAAAUGAAUUCGUCUCUGGGGAACAAAGCCUAACAUUAAAAUUCGUGAUCGCUUUGGCUGAAAGUGUAUACUCAGUUAUCGAGUUUUAUUCUCAUUACACGACAGAAAUUGUGGCAGUGUUAGUUUAGUCGAUUUUUAAUGUGCCAUAUUACUGCAGGUCAUUUGAUCGAAGUUAGAUCUAGUUAGACAAAGUUACUUCCGGGCAUUUAGUUCCUACUGAAGGAUACGAACAGCCUCAUAAAAAAUGCCGUAAAUAAAGUGUUUGAGGUCUGCAAGAUGUCGUAAUACCAAGCUACCGAUGAGAAUGAAGUGAGAAAUAUAUACAACUCAAUUGACGUCGCAAAUAAUGAGGCAUAAAACAGGAAUUAUUUUUCCAUAGAGUAGAAGAUCCCAAGAGUAUAACAAGGGAUAUAUGCGAGUAUCUCAUUAUUCAUGAAUCGUCGAAUAAACAGUUAAUAACUGUAACAAAAAUGAAAUGCCCAGUGUCGCAAGAAAAUUUACACUUCUUGCUAACAGGAAUCUUAGAUAAGUGUAAAUGUGUAAUUGCAGCACAGAGUGAUAGUGAAGGACUGAAAAGACGGGAUUCAUCCAAUAAGUAUAUUAUUGAAUUAAGGAUUGAGAGGUUGUUUUAACCAACAAAUGCCUCAAAAUAAUGUCGACUGUCAAGUUAAAAUGCGUUUUAAGGCGACUGUACCGGGACAUAAUACAAGUCGUAAUAAAGGAGAUGGACACAGACCUCGUCUUAGUCCGCGCGAAUAAAAACCGUAUCGUUAGCACACCUAGCGUACAAUCAGUCUCUGGAUGACAUCAGAUCGUCAAUUUGAAGGGAAAAUGGAAGAGGUUAAAAUUCAAAGUCUUGAAGUAGCGCAGAUUUAUUGGGGAGAAGAAUAUACUCAAAAUUGCCAGAUUAAACAAAAUGAGUGCACAAAUAAAUUUUAUCUGUCGGCAAGUGAUAUUUUACCGAUAGCCACUCUCGAAUGUUCGCUGGCAUAAAACUUUAUCAAAGACUCAGCAGUGACCGGUUAAUGCCCAACCUUUUCCCAAUUACCUAGGUCUCUGCAAGGAAAAUAAACCUCCUCGCCAAGAGCAUGGAUUAUGCUGGAUUUGGUUUUAUACUGACACUUGGGGAAGGUCAUUCAGUGAGUCUCAGAUGACUAGGUAAAAUUGAUUGUAGGAAGUGACUUGAGACCAUAGUGUUCAGAUUAUUAAUGCCGUGAUCGCGCAGCCUACUAAAAAUCACAAUGGCAGGCUGACGCGAUGAGUUAAAACGAGCGUAGGCUGCAUAGAGCAGGACUUUGGAAGAAGGGAGAAGAAAACAAUGGUUAAGUAGGCUAUGAAUCAAGUACCUAUCAAUGACGGCUUUAUGUUACAAUGCCCGACAAAAAAAAGGGACGACUUUUUGAGUUUAGGGAAACCAACUUGACGGACAACUGAAAGUAAAACUGAUAGUAGAGAUCAAAUCUCGUCUAUAGAGUCAUGAAUUUAUUAAGGCGAGACGUUUUUCGUUGUCUAGUAAGAUGUUUGAGAUGAAUAUACGAAUAUAAUGCAAAAGAAAGGGAAAGUCGACCGACACGGGGGAAGUCUUCCCUAAAAAUUUCCUCUUCAACUGAGUCAUAAGUUUCCUUUAAAUAGCCCCCUAAUUCAGGUUUGAAAAAAACGUUUACUUCGACGGGCUGGGGGUUUAACGAAGGGAGGACACCUCCUUUUAAUUAUGCAAAUGCCAGUUUUCUGAUACGGUCGACAACCGCAUACUGCCAUAAGACGUGCCAAAGUAUCUAGAAAAUACUGCAUACGCGACACUUUAGGAAGAACAACCAAAACAGUUUUAACAUACAUCUAAAAGAGAUUAAAGAUUCAAGGGGGCGUCGCUUUCUCCCCUUUUUUGACCAGCAAUGCUUAAUCAGGAUUGCGGCCAGUUUUCGUAGGACCUAACAUGAUAGGCCAGAAUUUCACCCUUGGUGCGAAUAGAUUUAUAUUUAAAACAUUAGUUGCAGGUGGUAGCGAGACAAUUGAAAAAUGAAAAUGGGAAUAUUAUACCAAACGCAUUUAGAGCGCGCAAUCUGCCAAAGUCAACACCGCCAUGUAAAUGAGUUUGGUCUUCAAAGACCAGCAACAAUCCUCUUUUUUAAAAAUAGGAAAAGUUAACUAAGGGAUCCAUGCAAAUUAGAGGAAAUACAUCUGCUAACAGAUAUAACGCUUUUAUGUUCUUGAGAAAUCUGGGCUUUGAUAGAGCAGCAAUUACGUUUAUAGUGUUAUUUGUGCAUGACGAAAAUGCUACAUAUUGUAUGUUUGUGCCGACGGGUAAAAAUGACGAUUACUACACUUUUGUUUUUGCGUGAGAUAUUUUUGUCUUUCCGCAAACAUAUAAAGGCCCACGGCAGAAAUACUUCAAGUAUAUAGUGGCAGAAAGCAUGUUUGUAAUCUAUGCGCUAGGCACAAAUGUAACAUAUACGACAUCCUUACUGCAAUCUGGAGUCCUAAAAAUUCUAGACAGUGAUAAAUGAAUUCGUUACAUACUUCACGAGAGUCCUUACGACCUUUACAUAGUGCCGUUGUAGGAAUUUGCCGACUUUCCCAUACUUCAGACUUAAGCAAAGGAAGAAAGUCGGAGGAUAGGUUGGUGCCGCGCGGACUGGACCAUGUGGUAUGCAAAUGGGCAAUACUGAAUGGUGAGGAAGAUUUGCGUCUCACUUUUAGAAGACCGCCGUAGAACGAAAACUAUACAAGGCUCGUUUUAUAUCAAUAUCACAUAAAAUAACACAUGAACACGAGUGCGUCGGUAGAUGCUGUUCGUCUUGUUACGAGAGGAAGAGGACUCACAUAAAACCCGUUUAUUUCUCGGACUGCCAAACAAAGCAUUCAGCCCUUAUGAAAACAUUUCACCGACAAACACACGUCUUAUCUCGUCACCUGGUUAGAGUAUGCAUAUUUGCAUAUGCCUACAAUUAAUCAACAAACGAAUGAGUUUGACCUUCGAGUUUUUGUCUUUAGCAAUAAGUCGCUUCCUUAAAAGUGUGCGUGAAUGUAGGUUGGUUUAUAGCGAGUUCCUUCCAUCUUUUUUGCAUUUUAUAGUAUAGCCUGGAUUGUCUUUUUAUAUGCUUACUAUCAUGGAUCGCUUAAAGGUCAUUUGACGCAGAUAAAUUAGUCCAGAGAAGGACCAACGUUAUCUUGUCCUUCACAAGCCUUAUAAGUAAAACUAAAUGCCUUAUUAUUUAACAAAAAUGCAUGAUGUUUUAUUUUAAAAGAAAACACUCAAAAUGGCUUAAAAAGCUUCCUUUGUAAACGGUUGAAAAUUUUGCAAAUGUUUAGCCAAGGGGCAUACUCUCCCUGUUACGUAACCAGCUUGUCGUCGAACAUGGGGACGGUGGUCGUUCUUUUUUUAGAUGCAUUUAGACAUUCGGGCUUUUAUGUGAAUGGAUCCUAGAAGGCGCCUGCCGCAUCCUGGCUGGGGGUUGCUUCCUCCGCAAAAACUAACGCAUGGGAAAUUUUUUGCACUUGUUUACUUACCAAUUUAAAAGUAGAAAACGAGUCUAAUGAAACACUAAAUGCAUUUAACUUGUACAUUUUUGAUGAGGUAAAUUAUUAAGGGGUUUUGUAGAAGGCAGUAACAAGUGGUAUUAGCUAAAUCUAACAUUUACACAGCAGCCUGCAAACUCCAACCUCGACAUUGUUAGCGUGCAUGCGAAAAUGCAUAAAUAGCAUUUGAAUAUGUCCUUACUGUCGCAUUUUGCCCUAUCUCUUCACCAUACUUGGUAGAAACUAGACACGGGAGAAUAUUUCGCUCAUUUCUUUACAAAACGCUUUAUUCCUUAGUCUUUUGCAAUCCGAAGAGGAUCAAACUCCAGUUAUAAUUGCAGUUUUAAUAAAACCUGCAUACUGUGUGAUACAGUCUGCGUUUCACUUAAUUUUACUGCUUUCAGACUAUGAUUCAAGUGUGUUUUCGGGAGCAGUCUGUCAUAUUCAUCAUCUAUUUCUGACACUACAAUGUUUAUGUGUUAAUAUGCGUAAUUUGUGGAGGAUACAAAUUUAUCUGAUGGUAGUAAGCUAAGCGAGCAAUUAUAUGAGCAUCCAAAACAACCUCAUAACUGGUGCAUUUAAUUCUCACUUUCCAAGACCAUUAGAUGUGCCUUCUAACGUAAACAAAUAUCUGCUCUUAACACUAUCAUAGAGAGAUGCUGAGUCAACAAAACUCCGGCCGUUCUCUUCAAUGACUCAGCUGACCGCACAUGCACUGACGGCAAACAGUUAUUUUGGUAUUUAGCGAUGUCAAUUGCAACGAUCCUAAGAUAAUGUUAGGAAAUUUGCCGCUCUUGAUGAGCAAGGAAAUUGUCUGGCCUGCUGCGUCUGUGACACCUUUGAUCAAGCCAAGAGCUGCGUUGUUUGAGCAUGCAUUAGUAUUAAACGGAUACUGGCGAAUCUUUAAAUAGGACAACCGCCUUAGUUGCCUCUAAACUUUGCAAACGGACAGUGCAAUGAACAUGAACAUUUGGCUCACCUGGGCUGCCUUUGGUAUAACGCGUUUUAAGGCGCUUGGUUCCGAGAGUAUUCAUUCAAUGUACCCUCAGACGAGUACGUUGCCUCUUCAUUUGUGCUGUCCUCAUUGGAGAAAACAGAGAGGGACUUAAAAAAUAUCUGGCGAACGCAUGAGUCUCUUCUGAUUCCUGAAUUCAUUCUCAAGAGAAGCCUUUUAAAAAGGAUCAUCAAAGAAGCCAAACGUCACCGAACGAUAAAUUUUGCUAGCAAACAGGUAACCCUGCCGGAAUUUGCCGCUGCAUGACCAACGGAUGGGAGAGCAAAAUCUCAGACAUGUAUACAUUUCGAAUACUACUAUUACUACGUUUUGUGGUCGGACACGCGUACCGUCAAUCUACGCCAGUGUGGAAUACUAUGCCUUAAACUGUUUAUGAAUCUACACAUAGGUAAGGCCAGCGUUCACAAAAAAAGUAGAACAACAGGAUCCGAAUCCAGUUGAUCAAUCCUAUUCUAAAACUAAUAGAUCGCUAGUUUAAUUAAUUUAGCCGUUUACAACAAGCCUUUUAGAAUUCCGUAACUUCGGACCAGCAGCAAGGAUUUCCUGGCAGUUUUAAAGGUUGGAAGUUUCAUUUCAGGCUUCUCCAGUUACUGUAGUAAACAGACACACUCUCACAUAACCGUAAAUUUGGAAAUUUUUAUGUCUUUAUUAAAGUGCUCUAAAUACAUUAUAAUAAAAAUUAUGAGCUUCUUUCGGAAUGUGCACAAGUUUUCGGUUAUCGAGUAACAAAGUUGCAACCUUUUCAUCUUUCUAGGGGCAGCUUGAGACAACCUCAAAUAUGGUCUAACGAUAAUUCACAGCAUCGUAGUGCGGAAACCAAAUUUCAUCCUAACCGAAAUGAAUGCGUAUCCAAGAUGCAUGUUUCAUUGGACGUUUUCUGAGAAUAUAAGAAGAUAAUUCCUAUUUGCAUCCACUAACGUAGAUCUAUUCAUCGUUGCUGGGAGGUUUUAUUACGAAGGCAUAUGUGCAGUCCGGCGAAAAUUAAUUUUUAUGAACAGAGUGAAUCGACUAGUUAUACUUGGCAUUUAAAAAGCCAAAAAUCUCUAUCCGAAUAAUGUCUAUAUAUGUGUGUUUGAUGAUUAAAUAAGGCAGUAAAACACUGAUGGCCAUGAAUUUCGCUUAAUAAGUCAGUUUUUACUGAUACUUCUUAAUGCGAAAAAUACUUGCUGAUUUAGCUUAUGCUAAAUGUCUCCAUAAAUCACACCCUGUUGACAUUUACAUGUUCUUUAGAGUAAUUUGUUACAAAUUUUUACCAGACAUGCAGAAAGUGCUCUUGAAAUAAUGUACGGUGUAUAACUCGCAAAGAUGCUCUUUCACACCACUAGUGUGGGCGCUAUUAUUUGCCAACUGGCUAUACAGAGAACAUUUGCUGACUUGGAUGUGAAAACAGUUCAACUUAAUUGUUCCAUUGACUGUUGUAAAAAACGCCGGUUGAAGUUAACGCGAAUAAAAUGGCUGCUGAAUAUUCGCUUUACAACAACAUCCGGCAGCAGACGGCCGUGGAUCUUUAAAUACAAUCGACUCCUUUAAAGAUUAACCGCCCAGUACGUUUGCAAGUGAAGACCUUUGAAACCUAAGAGACUUCAGAAGUUUUUUUGCUGACAAUAUUUGUGCUGGUCACUCGUCCAGAGGAUCAUUUUCUAUUGGCAUAAAGUGAUAUUUAUCUUUUUAUGACUGUUGCUGUUCUAACAGGCCUUUGAAUCGAUGUGCCGAUACUCGGGUAUUCCUUGCGUAACGGUGCGCGGCAUUGCCAAGAGCGUGGACUACAAAGUCGGUCAGCCGCUGCUGCAGCCAAACGAGCCCCUCUUCCAUCCAGAGACAGGCGCUCUGCCACCGCUAAUUUCUGGUCUUCAGCAUUCCUGGAAUGCGGCCUGUCUUGAUGGCACAUGGUACCUCUUUGACUGCACCUGGGCAGCCCAACGUUUGGCUCUGCGUAGUCCAAACAUUACCACAACGCCCAGCGCCAACAGCGUCACGGCAAAGGCGGCUGCCACCCUGCAGUAUGAGACAGAUAUGUUUUACUACAAAGUCGAUCCCCGGGAACUCAUUUACACCCACUACCCCUUCGAAGACUGCUGGCAGUUACUGAACCCUCCAGUCUCAAUCGUGGUAAGCAAAAGUGCUAACGUUUUUUGAAUGGGAGUAUCUUAUGUGAUUGGAGUAGACUGAUAUUUUCCUAAACAAUUUUUCUGCGCAGAUCAGGACUUAGAUUUCGGGUUCGUAAGUUCAGAAACACAACACAAAAUGGGAUAGAGAACGACAUGCGAGGAGGACGGAGAUUAUAUACAGAAAGACGAUACGCGUUCCAGAAGAGCCAGUUUGUUUAAGCCCCUUGGACAUCAAAGCAGUAAACCUUGUAGCCAUGGUCGGAUCAUAUCUUGGGCACACCCGGGGGCCCGUCAAAAGGAAGUACGUCAUUCGGCAACAAGUUACCGUCCUGGCCGUAAAACAGACAGCUGUGUGUGUUAUUAAGAGAGACAAAGGUUUUGCGGCACCAUUUACAGGCAUAGGAUGCUUCAUGUAUUACUGGGUAAAGCUGACUAACCCCCAAAAUUUCGGCGUUCCAUUCAAAUACAACCAGACGCACUUCAGCUCAGAUAUGGCAAUGGUGUUGCCGUUGCACCCACUUACUACAUAAUCAUAGGCAAGCACAAACGAUGAGUAAGAAUAAAUGCAAGAGAUUCAGACAAAGUUAUGGGUCCUCUACAGUCAGUGGGCAGUCUCAUUAAAUUCAAAUGGAAGUUGCAAAACGAUUUUUCGGUUAGGAGAGAUAACUAAGGUGGGAUUACAAUUUUAAUGAUCGUGCUGCAUAAGCCCACGGCAUAUUAGCUGCGCGAAGAUGUUGGCCCUUCAAACACGUUUCUUUCGGCCUCCUGCAAUAAGCAAACUUGUCGAAAUGACCGCCUAAGUAGUGCACUGUUUUCCGUUAUUAUUUAUGCCAUUAUACAUUCAAGCAUAUAACAUAGGUCACAGAAAAAUUUUUAUUUUUUAUAGUCACUUCUUCUUCAAACUGCAUGCCUAAAAACGAGUAUAAACUCCGAACUCCCGAAAACUUUAAUGUGGCGGCUGCCGCAUUUGUGUCUAGGCCUUACAAAGUAUAUACCGCAUACUGUAAAUAUAAGGAAAGUCGGAUAUUCCACUAUGUCGCUAUUAGAAUACCACGUAGGGCUCGAAACUGUCUGCAGAAAUGUAGACCAUGCUGUAUAUUUCACAAGGAACAUCAUCAGUCGGACAGAUGGGAUGAUAUUUAAAUAAAACAUUUGGCAUCCUUAAAAACCUUAUAACAACAGAUAUUUAUAAAACCAAAGAAUCCCUUUUUUCGUGUAAAACUAAGGACACAUGAUGUAAAAUAAAUGAGUACAUAAAUGUAUUUUUGAGUGCGUUUUCAAUAACAUAUAUUUGCAUUUAGCAUGACAUUGGAACUUAAGAGAGAAAGUCUUGGUGUCUUAACAUUCAUUUUAACUGGGUGCGGUCUAUUCAAGCGGCCGGAAGAAUUAUAUUUAAAAGCUGAUACCAUAUCAAAAUUGAAAUAUGUUGGGAUUUUCCUUUACAUUUUCUGGGGUCAGGAAACUACUUAAGUAAGUCUUUCUAUUUUGAAAGGGAUCCCGACAUUUUUUAAAACAUUUUAUGAGAGUUGUCCUUACGGCUAGCACAAGAAGGCAACCCUCGCUGUCAUAAGACAAAAAUAGACCUGCACACACGACAGCGAACGCAAUUAUUAGCAGUGUCAAUCGUGCGUAUGGCCAUAAAAACUACAAGAAGCCAAAGGGUUUAAAUGCUAUGAGGCGCGGAAAUAAAUUUCGCACCGAAUGAGGGAAGAUUGUCUAGUUCUGAACAUGUAGGCCUGCCAAUCAAUGGUUCUUAUGAUUGCCCAACGAUCUUAGCCACCCAGAUCAUCCGGUCAUAAACGUGGAGACAAUGAUUACAAACAGGAAAUAACUUUUCAGACCAAACCCGGCCAAGGCCUGUUAGAAUUCAGGCUUCUGAUAGAAAUUGGGUAAAUUGAGACAAUGCUAUUUUGGUCUCGUCCCAAUGUUUAUUAAACUAAGUUAAGUUUGGGCAUUAACUUUCGACCAGAAGAACAAGCAUGCGCAGAUCGACAGUUGGGGUAAUCCUCAAAAGUUGUCGAUCGAGUAUAUUUUUUGCAAUUUGUCCAAGCGAAUUCAAUCAUUAUUGCGCUCCCAGGAGUUCUCUCACAUUGAACAUUGCCUAUACAACCCGGCCUGAUUAAUUAUUUGUGAUUCAUCUGACAGAACCCUGUACAUCUUGUAUCAUUAUCUAACGUUAUACUGGUUUUUACAGGGUUUCUUGAUCUGAGCUUCCAAAAACCAAAAGAUCAAGCAUGUUUCAUUUUACAAGCAGAUCAUCAAAUUUUUAUCUCACAUACAUAACCCCCUAUGCUCUUUAAUGUUCUCCGAAAUGCAAUACACUUUGAAGAUAAAAAUUAUUGACAGGUUUGACAUAUAAGUGUUAUUUCAAAACCUUGACUGUCAGCUAUGCGAAAAUCCAAACGACCGAAACCCCAUCUUGUGCCUUUUCAAGUAAAUCCGUGCCGAAAUACUUUUCUUUGCUAGGUCAUACUUUUAUUGACCUCUAGAUGGGAAUAGAAUAAAUAUGCAUGAUUAUAAUGUGUAAGAACUGAAUUCGACGAAAAAUCGCAGGGAACAGCACGUGCAGUACGCCCUGAUUCCUAAUGCUAAAAAAUGCCUUCGUAGCAGGUAGCUGCCUUAGAUUUUCAGGAACAGUAUUUGCUCUGUCUCAUUAAAUGUUAACUGGAAUCAUUUCUAAUCGAAAAAACAUUUUAAAAUUUUCGCUAACAUUUUAUGAGAUAUGCCAGAUAGUGCACGACUGUCAAACGUUGAAGGAAACUAGCUGACAGUUUCUUGUCACAGCCAAUUAAAAUGCUUUUUCCACUGUUGCUUCGCCCAUACAUUUUACAUGAAAGCUGUCAUAUUGCGAAAGCGUAGGCCAUGCCAACCAAUGGGUAAAAUAUAAGUACCGAAUUUAGGCACGUCAGAAGUAGCACUUUUCACUGUGCACUGUGGCCGAUCAUAGCUGCAAAAACCUGCCUAAAAACGCUAUUGAAAGGAGAUUUCACUUGAUUAUCUGCACAAGACAAGACCUUUACCAGGACCGCAUGAGUGAAUGUUUGAUUAUGGAACACAAAAAACCUAAAGAAUUCUCUUUAUCCUUGGCGGCGAGUUUAAACUGAUACGCAGUGCAUAAGAGUUUUGCUUAAGAGACAAUACCGGUCACGUUGAAAAUAUCAUGAGGGGAAUCAACAUUUAGUUUCUUUUGAAAAGAGAAAAGGUAUAAAAAAUUAUCACUUACGACUGAAUAAUUUUAGCUACAACAAACAUAGGGUGCCCUGAUAUGUAGAAAUAUAAUAAUCCGCUAGACAAGAUGAGAAUGUAGACUUAACUGAAUGUCAAGUUGCAUAUCCCUAUUUACUGUUCGGACACUGAGUUACUAAAGAACGGCCAUUUUUGUAUUUAUAGCACUACCGCCUUAAAGGCGCAAAAUAUCUCCAGUAGCCCAAAGUCAGCUUAAUUUGCAGUCAGCUAGUUGCCCUUGAUGGAAAUCAAAAUUAAAAAUAAACCCAAAUUUGUUUUCCGGUUUCUAAUUGCAAAAAUUUAUCUGUAAUUUAUCUGGGGUUUUUAGUGAUAAGAAGGCUUCUAUUAACAAGCUCUGUAAAAGCCUUAGCUGUCUGUUUUUGGUAUUGACUUUUCGUUGAACAACAGUCACCUUAAACAACUAGUAAAAAGGAAUGGUUAAAAAGGGCUGGGCAGCGCACACUUCUUGAAAGGCCUUUGACACCCAUAAAUUGCCGUUACGGAUCUAAAAUUUGGCUCGGAUUCAGUACAUCAGCAUUUUGUAUAACGAAUUUUUCACGUGCCCGUGCAGUUGAAUAUGCACUGCAAAACAACCGAUCGUUUCUCUUCAAAAUAUACCGUUAUGCCAACCUUUUCAGCGUAGGCGAAACCUGACCUUUCAUGUGUUGUUAGUUGUUUUGCUAAAAAUACCCCUUUCCAAUAAGAACAAAUGAAUAGGCAGACCAGCUCUUCCAGAAGGAUUACAACAAGCAGCGAUCGGUUCACGAAACACGUAGGAUUGCAUGCACAAACAUAUUUUUCGCCUCAGAGGCAACCCGCGUACAAAUGGCAGUCACAAGCAUCUGGUCUGACGUAAACUUAAAAUGACCUAUUGACAUUUGUGCAUCAGCUUUAUUACGUUCUUGCAGAAGUUAUAACUAUCUAGCUCAGUAUUUGCAAGAUUAUUAGAACAUCGUGGAAACUGCAUGUCAGCUUUGGCAUGGGAAGAUUAGCCGUAGUAUUGAGACAAAGUAAUUUUUUAUCGUCGUAGUUUAUGGCAAGCGACAUGCCACUGUGUCAAUUGAUAGGGGCAUUUUGCUCAGUUAAUUAACUUUUGCUGAAAGAUCUCAACAGUGUGAGCUUAAUUUUGCGCUUUCAUUGAACGUCUAUUUUUAUUUUUCUGUUUCGCAGUCACAUGCUUUCUCACACAUGUUCAAUUAAAAAUCCACCGUUUGCAAAUCACAACCUGUAGGCCGUUCUUUGUAAAACUUUCAUACUAAUAUUUUACCUUCAUUACUGCUGUCCUCUUCAAUCUCCGUUAUUCUACCUUGUUAUAACAUUCGAAAAGAUUUGGCAACUGCUUAGUUUGGUUCGUGGAUAGUUAUUUACACAUAUUUAGUUAUUGCAAUUAAUGGGGGCUUUCAGACUUUUGCUAAUCGGAAUGAACUAAGUAAACAUGAGCGUACAGUGGGGCAGGAUUAGGUGCAAAUUACUUCGGAAAAACGCUCGGUUGGCCUGCAUACCUACAAACAGCGUCCAAAAGAUGAACCUGUGCGUCGACUUGACGCCUCGACUACCUAAGCUCAUAAGAUUAGCAAUUAUGGUAUUGCGAUAACCGAUUUAUCCCAAUACUGCACUGUGUUUCAUCUAUCUUAUUCGGAUCAUUGGUAAUAAACUUACUUGAAACCGGCCACAUGAAUACCGUAAUGUUUCAUUAUUUAUGCCGGCCAAGCAUUGCGUGAGCAAUGAAUUGACGUAGUGAGACUUUCUGGUUAAAUAUAUGUUUUAAAUUUCAUUUAAGGACUUUCGUGAAGUCAGUAACUAUGAGGUCUUAGGAUUUGCACGGGUGCAUCCGGCUGACCCAUUUUCUUCUUAAAGCCCUCCAACUCUAUUAUGACACCUUGCAAUUUAAAAGCCAGUCCAAAUAGGUUUUUUGGAAAGAGAAAGCUUUUAAAUAAAACUAUCUUUGUCAAACCCGAAUGUAUUCAAGAGAUGAAAAAUCCCUCAUCCGCCGAAAUUAUAUUAUAUCCUUGUCUGUAGCCAAGGAAGCGAACAUUCGGAAGACCUCAGGUAUACCUUUAAAUUUUCACCCCAAGAUUGGCUACAUGGUACGCGCCCACUUUUUUUAUACCACAGUGUACUUAUGGAAAAUAAAAAGUAAAGAAAUAGUUAAAACGCAACGAAAUUAAACCCACGUUCAAGAGCGAUAAGUAGGCAAUUAGUAAUUCUCAUUUCUUUAGUUCGAAGCAUUUUAACAAAGCCGUCUUUACUAAUGUGGUUCAAUUUUUCAAACUUUUCGUAAACUCGUGAGUGUUUCCUUGGGUUUCCUGAAAGUUGUGUAUGGUAAGUGGCCCUUGGUAUUUCUGAGGAUAUUUCAGUGAAGGUGAUAGUUGCGGCUACUGUAGCGAAUUGCGUUUAUCGAUAUCGGCUGUGCUACUUAUCGAGAACUAGCAAAAUCUCCCAAUACACCGUUACGUAUAAAAAAAGAAUCACACUCGCAAGCCUCAAACUUUUAAUUGUAGUUUCAUUCAUUCAACUCAUGUUACAGUUUAAUCUUUUUUAUGCUGUCGGAAGAAAUUUCGGGUGAAAAUAAGGAAAAAGGGCAUCAUUUUUUCUCGUCCCUGGCCAGUGCCAAGGUAAAAUAAACUGAUAUUUCCCGUUUCCUAGUACUCGUAUGUGUAGCAUGCUAAACACAUACAUAAUCUAGUGCAAAAUUGCUCUCUACGGCACUUUCUUGCUGCAUCACGUUACUGACUCUACCGAAAAACGUUUGGGGUUUGCACAUAUUUUAUCCACCUCAACCAGCCAUCUGACCCCCAAGAUCAUUAUCAGUGGCUUGAUCGGUAAAAGUGCCCGUUUUGUCUAUAUUUAUUACAUUAGAAGUGGUCUAUAGGCCACCCGUUUAUGGUUUGCGUCCCAUUUCAGUUCAAGCUAUUAAUCGAGCGCGGCCACUCUACACCUUGACUCAGUUGUUUGUUAUAAUAGUAGUUACCUGCCCUAUUUUAACCAAAUGCAGUUCACCAAGUUUUCACUAAAAACAUGGUUUAACAACAUUGGUUUAUUACGUAGUGUAGAAUUUUGUCAUUGAUCAACAUCAUGUGUGCUGAUUGGGUGCAGCCGCCACUUAUUUUCUUCAUAAAGUCUGUGACCGCUGGCAAUACUAUCAUCGGUCCCGUGCGGAUUUUUAAACCAGGAAAUUCAUUAAAAAUAUGUUUACUUUAUGGAUGUCCAGCAGUUAGGGGGACUCAAUUGCAAACGCUCAAAACCGUAUAAUAGCAAAUCUUUCAUAUUUUUCAUAAAGAUUACUUAAAGCGAUUUUUCUAAAAAUAAGAAAGACCUAAGUGAUAAAUGUAGUUGAUACAAUUUCAAGGUCGAUUUUCUUGCUUAUAUUUGCCGUGUUUCCAAAGAAAAAAGAAAAUGAGGGUCAGGUUGUCUUAGGUAUAAAUGAAUACAUAAUAGCUUUGGUGGUAUCUCCUCUAAUUCUUCUAAGUGCGGAAACGUCGUUAGCUUUCGUUUAGAAUUUAAGGGACAGUUUUGAGCUGAAUUUACAUCGCCUAAAAAUUACAUAUCUUACGUUUCGUGCUUUGAAGUAAAUAAGAUCGCAAUGACACUGCGUCCGACAUAACCAGGCUAUAAAUUUGGAGCAACUAGGAUUCGACGUUUCAAAUGAUCCAAUUUUACUAAUUAUAGAAUUGGUCUAUUGCUGACCGUUGCAAAACGUUUUGUUUCCCCUGCAGAAUUUCGCGGAAUGGCCUCUGGUAAAACCGGCAUUCUUCCAAUACGGUCUCAGUUUUCUCUCUCACCAGGAAGGCUAUAUCCCAGCAGAAACGAAUCUUGUUGUCAAGCUAAAAAUGCAACCGGAAUCAGUGGGCAAACUGAUGUUCACUUACCAGCUAAAUCUCGAAGGCUUCGGCAAUAUUGAUUCCGUAAGAAUCCUUUUAUUCAUUCAGCUUUCCUUUUUACUGCAAUUUAUGUAAUAAGUGGCUGAACAGUUGCAAAAUAUUGAGUUACGCAUGGGUCCGGCUUGGCAAACAGACGCAUGUUCAUCUGUCAACAUUUAAUUAUUUUUUAACGAUUAAUGCGAUUUUCUAAUCAAUCAAACUAUAACGCAGAUGGCCGUAUUUACUGCGAAAAAUCUUACGUCGAAACGCCCAAGAUUAGAGACAAAAGUUAGCAUUCCACAAACAUUUAGUAUUUACUGGCUUUGGCGACUAUUUUCCCCUUCUAGAGCUAAUAGCACGAGCAAGUCAAAACGUCGAAAGAAUUACUGAGGUUAAAGUAAUGCUGACAGUAAAGAUAUAAACUAUGAGAACAACGAAUAUUUAAAGUGUAAGAAGACAUCUAAUGGCUUCCUCGUUCACAGUUUGCAACCUUAGUACGUUAAUCUGCAGUUUUGCGUAUUAUCUGAUUUUUGCUAUUGCACACGGAGGGCUGUGAGUCCGAAAACGCUUAAACGAAAGUUCGAUUAUCAGAAAUAAGAAGUGAUUCAGCUGAAGUUCGGGGUUGGCUCUCUAAUGUUUCACCCGAGAGUGCGACGGAUAAAUGCAGCAGAAAAACACAGAACAAGAUUUACAGGUGGCCGUUGAUCGAUAAACGCACAUCGCUAGCACUAACGCCUGUGUAUUCAUCCCACGUGUCCGGACACGAUGCAAAGUUAACUUCUUCAACUGCAUCCAAGUGACUAACGGCCGAGGACUAACUGCUCUUCGAGGAAAACGAUGGGGAGAAUCGCUGCGGUUCCUGAUGAACUUCGAGGCCAGAAACAAUGAAUUGGGCAGCUCGCGCCUUCCAUAGUCAGUAGCCCUGGCGAUGAUUUAGGUUUCGUUGGGUAAACUGUGACCUGACUGUUUGCAUUUUCUUAUCAUAAGUGACUUUACUUACAGGGAAAGUAUACGUCAGGAGGUUUGUGGACUCUGGGCGUAAGUGAAAAUAUAGGCCAAAUUCGAAAAUUGGAGAUGCAGUUCGUUACCAAUGAAGUACAAAAACGAAACUUUCACUAAAAUAGGCUUAAAUACAGUAGGUUGUUCGGAUAAUAGCUGCGGUUCACCAAAAGGUUAUAAAACAAGUGUAAGUAAUUUUUUUCUGAGCAGUUUGAAUCCAAAUUGGGUUCACCAUCGUUUUUCAAAAAAGCUGCCCGACAAUCAGAAAAUUGUUUAAUACCAGGUAAAAAAAAUCUACCUUUUUUCCAAAAAAAUUCUGAAGAAUCAUUAUUAAGGUCCCUUCGUCUUUGAAUUAUUGUUUACCAAAAGCGUUCUAAUGAUCGAGACGACUAGAAUUCCGCAAAUGUUACGUUAGUUGAGUAUGUGAGAUGUGACAGAACCUCCCAUUCUAAAGAUAUUAUUUUAUCUAGGUUUGUUUGCGGCCUGUGACCUUGCAUUGCCAUGCUAAAUAAUUAAAUAAAAAUUACCUCCGUUUACAAAUGCAGGGCACUUUGGGCGUGCUUUUUGCACAGGAUCCGGUUGUUUGUAACAUAUAUCUGCACUAACGGCUCUUUCACAUUCCGGUAUUUCACAAGGAAUGGUACAUUUCAUGUUUCAUAAAAUACAAAAGUAAGCUCUGGUUUUGGAUUUUACACUUGCCUACGGUUACCACUGACCUUUCGUUCCCUGUAAUGAUACAGAACACAUUUUCUAUCACACACAGUAAUGCGAUGUGGAAAUGACAAGAUGUUAUUCCUCGAUGGAAGACGGCUGUAGAUGUUAAAAUGUGGGUUCGAAUAUCAAGCGAGAUCUCGAGCGGAAUCAAAAUUCCCUAUUGGCAUUUUCUCAAUUCCCUGAAGAUGUUCGUGGAUAGUUGAACCUGACACACUAGUGGGUAACAUGGAUCCGACUCAGUAGUCUCGUGAAUAUUGCGGUGACAUUGUCAUUUAAAAGCCGAAUAGAAAGUGAUGAGGAAAUCGGUCAGCAGAGAUACAACAUCUGAUUGACUCAUAUUUUAUAAUGAUGUAAAAAGCCAUUAAUUUUCGGGCAACCGUAAUAUGAGAGCAUCGAAAAUCAAUGUAAAAGCCGUAUUAUGUAAGUAAUCACAUUUUACGAGCGUGGUUUUAGUCGACGGGCGUAAAGGAGUUCACUCAAAACAUUGGAAUACUGAGGUGACUGAAAUUCACUAGAAUUAUGGUAUGUGAUAAACAAUCUUACAACCCCACCUUAAUACUUAUUUUCGAUUGAAAACACAUCAUAAUUUUGGCCGGCAUAUUUGAGAUAGACAAGCUUCUUCAGAUCACGUUGACUAUCAAUGCGUUCUAAAUAACAGUUCAAGUAGAGCCUCAGAGCACCGUAAACAAACAUACAGACAGUGGCUCAGUUUGGGUGGCAGAAAUAAAACGGCUUAUUCUAUCUACUGUUCCCUUUCUUAAGACGCUCACUGUCAAGUUAAUCCCCCAUUCAACAUGCCCUUCAGGGACCGUUGUUAACCUGAGAUAUUUGUGUUAUGUAUUAACUUCAGUGGGAGCUGCGCCAAUUCAGUUCAUUGCUGGGCUUUAAAUUUAAAAAAAAGAAUUAUUAGUAAAAAAAUCGCCUUUAAUGUCCUUUAAGAAACUAAGAGUAUGACGGUCACGUAGUUAUGGAUAAGAUGGGGUGGUUCUACACACCAAAAACCGCAAGAUUAAUUUCGACGUUUUUGGUCACAAUAAAGAUGUUAAUUCGAAAUAAAUAUCAGGUUUGAGUCUGAGUGCAAUUUGAAAUAUAUUCAAAGACAGUGCAAACACAGAGGUGCUUCAAAUUUCCGGGAUCAUCGGUAGCUAUGGUUUCUAUCAACAAUUCCAUUGUGGGGAUACAAAUUUCUUAUAAUUUAUUUUGGCAACGGUCGGGUGUAGAACCCCAAACACACACGAACAGCCAAAGGUGCCUGUCUUACGGGAAAGGUGGUGCUCGGGGUUUUUCGGGCGGGCCUAUGCAUGCAUAGGCGAAUGGCAUAAUCAGUAUAGACAAUUGGUAAAUUCGAUUUUCGGACGGAAACAUUUUAGUGCACUGGAAUUAGCAGCCAAAGUUAAGUAGAACAAUAAAAAAUAAAACUCAGGUGUCUACAACGAUGGUUGUUCAACUCUCUGAGGGAAGUUUAUUGUAGGUAAUCUACCAGACCGUCUACAACAGACGACUCAACCUUGUAUCUUUAUUUUAAAUCCCAAGGCGUUCGUGGUACCAAUGAAAUAAGGGCCAGUGUGCACUCCGUGAGAAAAUAAUUAAAAAAGUUGUCCUUAGGUGGAUAAUUUUUAAGAAAUUCUAAAUUAAGGCUAGGAACGACGCAGUACUCUAGAUCACCAAAUACAUCAAAACAUCAUUAAGUACCUUGAGUGAAACAGGACACGUUUAAGGGGUGAUAUAGUAAGGGGGUCUAGUCACACAGUUUAUGGGUGCACUUAAAUCGGACUUCCAUUUUGAAGAAUGCUAGGCAUUUUUAUGAGUACAGUACCUUCAUCCUGGCAAGAACCAGUCUGGUUGCGGAACUUGACUAAAGAACUGCAAAAAGUGGGGCGGCGCAGAGAAUGAAAGUAGACUGACAUAAACACCCCUUAUUCAGUCACCAUCCUGCAGCUGUUAAGGUCUCCCUGAUUUUCUUCUGACAGGCGGUUAACUCUUUGUGGGCCCCAUCACACUUUUUGGAAUUAUUGACUUCGGUAAGCCGAUGAGUCGGUGUGUGUCCAUCGCUGUGUGAAUAUAUGUGUACACUUUCAGUUUAUCUUUAUCUACUUCAUAGUGAAAAUUGCAACUGGAUCUUUUCCGCGUAGGCAAACAAAUGUGCAUUACAUUUAGUAGUUCUUCACUAGCAUACACAAGUAUAAAUCUGGUAAAUUGUCUGAGUAGUCUGAGUGAAGAAGUAUAGGAAUAUAGAGAUCCCGUUAAAUGCAUGUAACCAUGUGCUUAAUACAAGGAUGAAUAUGGUUAGGGUAAAUGAUAUAAUUAGGCAACGAGAAUAGAUACCCUUCCUGGAAUUUAACGCAAGGCCACCUGUAUGCAAGGGCGCCUGUUCCCGCGUCUUAGCAGUGCACUCGUUAAGCACGCUAGUUUUACGCUGCUCUGCCGUUGUAUAAGGUUGUAGCUUCUAAAUGGAUAGCAGUAAGGCUAUGGGCAACGGAUUACAUGAUUUCAUAGUAGCCACUCCGCCGAAUGGUAAUAAAAAAAUCUAACGAACGGUUUGGUCCGGUAGUUUAUCAGUACUUCGUAGGGUAGACCCAUUUUCAGACCAUCUUUAGUGGAUGUUCUUAAGUCUAUUUUCGAUAUUUUCUCUUGCUCUCCGUUCUAAUGAUGGCGCAUCACUUGAUAGAACGGAGACAGAAUGAAGUGUCAGGUGAUAAAAAUGAUAUCUGAGAACAAUAUCCUCGAGAGAAAUACUCUGCUUCAUAAAUACCUUAUUGUUUCUCCAAUUAGAAACUUUGUUUCCUGAAUCUCUCAAAGUUUUGCUGGACAUUUUACAAAGAACUGCUCUCGAAACACAAUUGGCUGAAAUAUAAGCUAAUUGUUAGAUAAACACCAGUAAGUGUUCCCUAUUUUAAAAAAUUCGUCUGUGCCUUAUUUUGGAACGCCUUCAUACAAUUAGACCAAUAAGCCUUAAAAAUUCCAAAUCCUGUUUAAUCUACAUAGAAGGAGCAUAAACAUUCAACUAAGGAAAGCUACGGAGGCUCUGAUGGCUUUGGGCCUUUGAUAUGCCAUUUAGAGUGACUGGCUGUUUCUAAACGGACGCACCUAUUAUGGGCUUGGCGUGGUAACUACCGCGAGUCAGUCCAUUUUGCUUUAUGAAUUAAAGGAUUAAAUUGUGCGUAAUUAUUAAUUAGCGUAAGAUAGCCAGGGACUAAGCGCCAAGGGUGUGGAGACACGACUACGGCCGGCUCCGGUCACGCCAGUCGAUGCUCUUGGUGUUGUUUUUGGUUAAAAUCCUACUCAUGUCUUUGUUGUGGACAGGAGAGUGUGCUGGUACCCUUCAGUGCGUGUACAGCCGCUUGCGCCCCCACCCGCCUCAGGUUUUCUUGGCUACGCCUUGGCACCAGACCCUGAGAGUGGAGGAGGGAGUGCGGGCGAUGCAGCGCAAUUCUGCUAUCAUUUUAAAAGAAACCCUGCUCCAGUCAUCGCCCCUGCCCUCACCCUUUGUGGACCAUACAGUGGGCGCAGUCGGUCAAGAAGGUCGAGCAGUCAGUAUGUAAGGUGGCAGAAAACAUUGGAAGUGACAGCCGAAGAAAAGACUUUUGGGUUUGAAACCGAAGACUGCGGGCGCAAACCCACUUGCCAGUCCGCUUUCCAUACCCAAAUAUCCAACUUGACCAACUUGCUUUCAUUAUGUGCAACUACAGCACCCUAUACCACGCACGUACACGCAUAACUGGCGAAUAGAAAACCCUUAAAAUUCCUCAAUAUGUCGAUGAUUCACCCUACCGUUUUGCGUGUUCAUUCGCGUACGUGCUGGCAGAGAUUUACCACGCUUUCUCGACGAAACAGUCACGGCCACGCCUGUAUUUGCACGCAAAAUCAGUCCUCCCAGAGAAUCCUUCCACCAAAUUCGUUUUAAGAAACGAACAUCGCCCCGUGACCAUACAGUAGUUGGAUAGGGUUUCUCUGUGACCGUGUACACAGAUUGAUGGUUGGAUGCUGUCGUGAUUCUCUGUACGCUUGUGAAGCUGCAUAUAGGUGUGAGAUGAUUCUGUGUUUUCACAGACUUCUCUUCAAACGAUGACAUUUGCGCAGAUGUGUGCUCAGAUGUUGCUUUAACUGAAAAAUAAGGGGAUGAACAGUCUAUUUUGCAGGCAUGGCGCUGGCUUUGAAGCUCACUGAAGAGAAAAAACAGUGUGAUAAUACUGUAAGGAAAACAGCAAAAAGAAACAAAAACGACUGACGCAUUUUGCAGUCUAGGCGCUUUUUAGGAACAGAGAAUGAAAUAGACAAAUUAGGAAACCCUUUGAAUUUGCAAAAAUGGCUGCUUUGCCUCAGUCACAUUAAAGCAAAAAAACGCAAACAUGAAUGUACACUUCAUGCCAAUGGUUCCUUAUUCCAUGAGUUCCGCAUAUCUUUUUCUGAACGCACGUGUUUUAUUAUAACGAGGGUAACGAAAAUUUAUUGCUGAGUGGGUGUUCAUUUUUUCGAAAAAUGACAUGAAGAAGAUUGGCUGCGGAAGAAGGAAGUUGUGGCAAACAGAACAGGUGUCCAAGUUGGGGUAGACGACAAUUUACAUAUAAUCGGAUAGCGCUGUCACUUGCCCAAACGCUCCACCCAUUAAAUGUCAUUCGUGAGUCUAAGUGUUUCAGUUAAAGACAAGGUUUUCAAGGCCAACGUUGCCAAUCUGAACAAAAUUUUAGGAUCUCAAUGGUUCCCCGUUCAAGUUAUUUUAGUGGUCAAUUCUCAACUACCAGCAGUUCAUUCUUACUGAAUGCCUAUUGGUGAGUCGUCUUUGUUGUCCUCCAUUCCAUGGGCACUUACCCGACCGCAAAUAAGUUCGCGUUUUCCACAGCUAUUCAUUAAUACAAUUCCAAUUCUUUUGUUGGUCAUACAUAUCUAGUCGGCAAUUCCUCUUGAACGGUCAUGCCAUACUCGGAAAACCCCUGGAAGUGUUACCUUGGUGUAGCUUUUUAUUAUUCACCGUUCUCUUUAAACCUUCCACAGACCACGAUUGCUUAGUGCAAUGCUGUUCCAAACCCCAGCGUUAACAUCAGCUUCCGACGAAUUAGUCAUCCCUCGGAAAAGAGUAACGGACGCUCAUUAGAGAGUCGCUAUUUUUCGUCGUAAUAUUCCACUGACUUGAGUUUUGGGUGAUAACGAAUGUGUUGCUGGGUUCUUUCAGGCGAUGCAGGCAUUAUAGAUCUUUAGAGCAAGUUUUAGCGGUGCACAAGUCAUUUAAAUGUAUCUGAUGUAAGGAUCUUUUUACGUGGAAUCAUGCUUAUAAUUGCGAUCUGGCAGUUUACUAUGACCUUAGGAACCUUUAACUCUAGUGUCAAUAAGCCAUUUCCUUUGGGUUCAAUGAAGCAGCAGUCUGUGAAUGAUGGACAUUUUUUAAGAUGAGGUCGUUUUGGAGGUGUCCGGUGGGGACUACUACUUAAAUGCUCCUAGUUUACAAUUUCGUAUUAUACAAAAUAUCCGUAACUGCAGACUAGUGAGGUAACUUCUUUAUCUUCAGGAGAGUAAAUACGGUAGGUUAACUCACUUCAUCAGUAAAAGUACGUCAACAGCUUAAUCUACCGCUUGUUUUUUUGAAAAAGGAGGGGCGUUUAGCAAACAACUACACAGUUCUGUCACAGCAUAUCCUCAUUUUUAAGUGUUUUGCGUUCUAUCGUGUUGAUGACCAACAAGUUAAUCAUGCAAACUUCAGUAUUUUCUUCUGAUUUGGCCUUGACAGUAAUUACCUAUUUUAGACUAAAUGAAUGAGAGGACUUGCCCUUAUGGGCUGGUGGCCGGAGGACAGUGGUGAGUGAGGGUUCAACCAGAAUACACAAGGGUAAAAACUGUCAUAGGAGUUGGAUGCGAUCCAUAAACAAAAAGGGUUGACUGAUUAAUAUUGCUUAUUAGGAUUUUUAAUUAUUUUAAAAGAACAGUACAUGGAGACAUAACAAUGUUUACUGUUAAGAUGCCUUCCAGGUUUGUUUUCUUAUAAUGAAAUACCUUGCAUGCCGGACUAAAACAAAUUUUGAGUUAAUUUAAAACUUCUAAAACGAUUAGCGUGCAAUUAGAACUCCUACCUGUCUGCUGUCCAUGGAAUGACAUACGGUGGAACUGCGUGAACAAAUACGGACUGAACACACUUCCUCGGGCGUGCUACGUUUGUAUCGCCCUUGUAUAAUUUAUUAGCUCGUCAGAAAAUUACUUAGCAUCCUAAUCGAAACAUUGGCCGUUGCUACGUGUGUGUGAAAACGCUCAACGCCUAUUCUGCAUACUUACCUACAAGAAGCUGAUUUCUAAUUUCUGUUAUGGUUGCAGUCCUUGUGGAGGAACUUACCAAGGCUAUAGACAAACUGUUAUUCUAAUUGCAAAGGAUGAAUCGUCUCUUCACUAUCCUCAAAAAGUCCGGGUCAUCAAUCGGGCCUAUUGAAUUAUUCAUCAAGAGGUCUGAAUGGUAAUAUCCAGCAGGGUAGCUCAGUGAAGGAGGAAAUCAAUUAUAACAAGGAACAUUACAGAGCGUUGGAGAAAGUCUGGGCAUGAAAAGUAAAGGGGAAAUAAUUAUGUGGUGCUGAGUUCGGGGAGUAUGUAAAGUUUGUUAUUGGGACGCGUUUGAACUUUAUCGUUUUUCGGCAGUGGUAGGAGGCUCAAAGUCUCCAAUUAUCAUAUGAUAAACUUUUGGAUAAAGCAUUUUCCUAUAUUGCGUUUCUCUAGAAGGCGAAUUCUCUGUCUAACGUAUGUGCAAGCGAUAUUCUUUCAUAUCAGUUGGCUAGGUUGCUGGUCAUACUUCGACUCCAACUUACUGAGACAAAACUAUAAAAACGUUCUUGUUGUGCGUUUACCUUUUUUGCGUGAGAAGCUUUUACGAAUGGUUUCUAGAGGGCUUUCAGAAUGAACGGACACUCCCCAGUAAUGUUCACGCAGCAAGACUUGACUCAGGUAUGUCGUCUGUAUCAGGCUUAGCAUCCGCUAUUGUGAAAAUGUCAUCAAAAUAGCGAACAAAGAGACCGCGAUGUUGUGCAACUGAGUGAAACGAUACUUUUCGAAUUCAGAAAAUGAGGUGAUCGUUGUAACGAGAAUUUUGUUGGCCAUACCCCUUCAUACCUGAACUGAACAAUCAUUCUACAGACAAAACGUGUAGCAACAAGGAAAUCCUGUCUAGCACUUUUGUCCCAUGAAUACUUUAUUUAAAUCGUGAGGGGAAUGCUAGAGAAAACAGUCGAGACCCCCUACACGUAAUAUUGUACUUUGAUUGGAAGCCUCGAUUUCAGGUGUGUUGCAUAAGCCAUGCGGUGGCAAUUCAUCGCGUUGGCCCAAUUGCCUCGACCAGUCAGUUAGCAAUUGCGUACAGGAAUGCAAGUUCGUGAAUGCCGCACAAACCACGAAGUCUCGGAAUGCUUGUGCUAGAGGGCCCAAGUGACUGAAAUUCUUCUUCGAAAGGAAAUUUAGUUUUUUUUAUAAUCUGAAAUCAUUUCGUGCAAUGGGCUUACACUUCCGCGUUUUCUUCUUCUUCUGCCUUCUAUUUGAAAUACUUCAGCGAAGACUGACACAAUCAUCAAAGGAUCAUCCACCUUUGUACAUUACUACAAGGCUGAAACCCUUGUCUGGAAGGAAGCUGAGUAUUUCUUUAUAUUCACGCAGCUGUUUGGACCCGCCAAGAUGAACUGUCAGGAUAUGCGUAUUCAGAGUAGUCUCGUUCUAAAUAUUGGUACUAACAGUCGUUUUGACCAUACAGUUACCCGUAUGACCAGCAUAGAUCAUUUGACUAGAUAUUCUUAGCGGAUUUGAAUAGAUCGUUCGACCAUAUUGCGGACAAAAUAUGCUGCCUCGGUGGGAUUCAAACCCACGACGGAAAGGACAAAAUUUGAAUACAGCCAACGCUUUAACCACCUGUGUUGCAAUGGCCCAACCUGGAGCCAUGCGCUUAACUACAUUUGGGUCAUCUUGCUCGCCCAGCCAACCGCGACGCAGCUCAGACGGUUGAAGCGUUGGCUGUGCACACGCCUUUUCCUUGCUUUCCUGGGUUCGAAUAUCAUCGAGGUAGCUGAGGUUUUGACAAUUGAGUCACGUGAAUUGGAUCAUUUUCUGCUAUUUUGGCCAGCUAGGUUAUCGAAGGCAGAGAAGCCUAGUAAUUGUUUGGGUUUGCGGUUGAAAUGCAAGCUUAAUAAUAACCGCUAUAAUAACCGCAGAUACCUCAACUAUGCAUCACAGAUGACCCAAAUACAUGUUAAUGCUAAGUUUAGUGAAUGACGACUUAUACAUAUUCAGAAGACCAGUUGGCGAUCAAGCAUUUAAGUUCAACAAAUUCUCCAGCCAGUAUAUUUAUAUGGGAAUGGGGUAGGGGUAAAACAUUUCAGUAAUGAGAGGAGUCUUUAAACACGGGCGGGGUGUGGAAAUAUGGGGCUGGGAGGUAGUAGCAGUAAAUUCCACGGACGGGGUGAGAGCGGGAGGGCGCGGAAAGGUGUAGGGUUAGUCGACCUUUGACCAAAGUAGGUGCGGAGCCUGAACAUGGUUCUUCUGCGCGCACAAGAUCGGUAUUCGUAGCCUGGUGGUGGGCACUUCUGCUGUUGCUAACACGCGCUGGCACAGUGGCUUAGGGUACCUAGAUGGAGCCUUAUAAAUCACUCGAUGGCCUUGAUCAACAACAUGCGCGAGAACGGCGCUGUUUAUGUUCCUAGUUUGGCCCUUUCCCAGCCAUGCCGGGAGCAGUUAUCGUCUUCUCUUUUAUAGGCGCCGACUCGUGCGACUAAAAUAACCUGCCCGCAGGAGCAAGUAAACGAGCAGGUGCAUAUUGAUGUGGUUUGGGUUGACAACCUAUGCUUAAUUUCUCGGCGUAAAGUAGGGUUAGUCAAACAUAGAUUUCGAACUCUCACAACCGGGAAACAGGUUGAGCAAAGAGUCUUCUUAGGAGUUCGGUCGAAUCGUCCUCUUAAAAACAGAACUUUGAAGAACAGCGUUUUCUUUUAGACAGUCAGUGUGGUGGAUUUUCCGCUCGCUCAGAAAUAUUCUUUGCGAUAAACUUGUCGGGAUACCCGUUUUCGCGAAGCAAGUCCUGAGUCUUUCCAAGCUCCUCCUCGGUGCGAUCUGCACGAUAAAUUUUUCUGACCUUUGCGCUAAACACCGGACCAGAUUCUGUCCUUGUUGGGGGAGCACAAAACUGUUGAAGUACGCGUAUUGUCCAGAUCAGAUGAUACGGGGAGUUUCGCAUGUUUAAAAUUCGGACGGGCUGGCAGGGUGUGCUUACGGAUCUUAGGUAGGCCAUGCAGUCAAGGAAUACUUGGGCGGACUGGUCGCAAGAGGUUGCGAUCGCUCAUAAAACCUCGUUGCCUGGAGACUUUUUGGGCAUUCAGUCAGUUUUGCCUCUAUUUCAUCUGUACAAUCAUCUUCUUUGUCUGCCUUCCUGAAAUUCUUCCGGUCUGAUAAUUUGGACUAUGUCUUCGCUGUACAAUCCGACCUGUUCAUUAUAACGACGCCUGUCAGCAAUCCCCGAACCCUUAGUCCCUUAUUAAGGUACUGAGAACUGAAAAUUACUAGUGUUGAUCUUACAUGUUGGAUACUAUCUCUGGAAGCUGGCAGUGGACCGUAGGUUCGGUUCUAGAAGUUCUCGAAUUGAGUUUCUGAUUCUAACGCACUAACUUUUCGACGAGGCAUGCAAAACCUGCGACCAAAGGAUAAUGGAAGCGAUGUUUUAUCAAGUGUCAUAUAAGAUUAAUUGUAUACGUACCGGCCUAGAUCCUUUGAAGGCCGUGAUUGCGGUUUCACUUCAUGCACACUUUUUAAGAAGCGUAGAACUCCUUGCUUCUUUGCGUUUUCUUCCAAUGGUUUGCGUGUAGCUGCCGAAUCCUUGUCUUUCAUUCUCGGUCAGGGUGCCAGGAAUGGCUGCACGUUGACGUACGUGACGCUCAGGUUCUCCCCUCGUUACGAGGGUAUCUUCCAGUUUUCUUUUAGGGCGUCUUUUCAGGGUUUCUGUGGUAAAAACUAUGCGACUAUGUCGCAGCGCUUUCCAACAAUGGUUUGGAUACUCGUUUCUCUUAAUUCAGUCCCCGCUAAACUUCGCGAGUACUUUUGCCUUCACGAGCUAGGUGUUGAAGCGUGGGUAUCCAUCAAGUACCUUUAAAAGCGCAGAAUCUGUGGACUGCUUUGGAGUUACGAAAAUUGAUUUCUGUAGUCACUGGCAUGUUUUGCUUCUACCCUGUUCCCACCUAAAUAUACCGGCCGGAGUAGGAUUUAUCGAAGCAAACGUAUACCCACCAACUGGUCUUUUGAAUAUUGCUAUGGGAAUUUUCGCAAUCCCUUCCAAAAUAUGCUUGAUUGACAUCAGGUCUGACGAACCGUUAACAGAGACCAGCACUUUAGUACUGAAACAUGUAACUUGGCCAGUACUAACAAAAAACCUGGCGUCGUACGUUUGCGAACUCAAAGUGUAGACAGGCCAUACUCUAACGACAAAGGAUGUGAUUACAGGGUGAUUCGCAAUAAUCAGCAGUUUUCUCGGACGUGGUGGCGAUUUGUUAAUGAAUACGUUUUUAUCUAAUGAUUCAGAAUGAUGAUCACAACUGCCACCAUCUUUCAGCUCCCUUAAGUGACUUCUGACCUAAGAGAACAUGUGGCGGGUUGAAGUUAUUGUCGGUUUCUGCAUUGGUGUGAAUCAUAGCCUCCUUGUUGGCGCUAUUGUUUCCGUCCAGAUUGAAGUACAGACCGCCUUGACAACUGUAGCUUCACACUCGCUCGGAGCCGCGAUAAAUUGUGAGGGUCUUUUUGGUUGCAAAUCAGUACAUGCGGUCUUUACCUAUAGAUAUUGGAUGCCCUGCACCUCGGAAUUCACCAGGAUAUCUGCAAAUCUACGCACUGAUAAAGACUUCACGAAGUCAUUCGGUCGCCUUCCGGAGUCAAUUUUGAUCCUCUCGUGCACAUCACCCCUUUUAAUUCAGUACUCAGGCGCUUAUUCACUUUAUUUAACCUAUGGUACACCACUAGACUACCGAUGGUUUGGCACUCAUACCGGCGUGUCCGGCUACUGGCCACCUGCAGUACUGAAGUAACGACUGUAGGACAGAUAGACUGCUUUCUGCGUACUAAGAUCAUUGGCGAUCAGAAGUGACCGUUUGUAUUGUCUUAUUAAGCGUUCCAGCUACUAUUCAUGCGACAUUCUAGAAAGACUAAACAAACCGAAACAACAGUACUGCAACAUCUGCCCAUCGCAAAGAGGACAGCUCAGAUGUAGAUGGUGUACAUUGCCUCAUAAAUUUGGCAGUCUUAAAUCCGGCCUUAGGUGAUUAAGCCUUCUAUAAAAGUGCGGAGCGAAGAAAGAGGUGAAUUGCGUCCAAGUGAUUCAGGAAAAAAAGUUGUAAUAAAAUAUAAUGCGUGCAGCCAUCGGCAGGGAGUGAUAAGCUUGCUUGCCUUUUAUAACAUAUGGGUAAAAUCAGAAUGAAUUAGGCAAAAUUCGAUGCACAAAAAGGAACCAUUAAGUGGUUGUGGCUGAAUUGAGCAUGAGGUAGAGCCUUUAGAAACGAUUGCCUUUUAAAAGUCUGUUGAUUAUCCUUCAACGAAAGAACAAAACUCGCGCUGCGAAAUCGCAUGAUCUACGACAUGUAAACCAGCUCUCUAAAGUCGUCGUGUGUUUAGGAGGCGUAGCCUGUCCUAACUUGUUUGCGGUAUUGACGGUAAAACUGCUAGUUUCCUUCAUCAAAGUAAACCAAUCAGGACACAAAUAAAUCUAAGGACACAAAAUGCAGCACUAAGUUGAGCCUAUUCAGACAGAAGGGGGGUGACUUGACGGGCUAAACAGAAAUCGAUAGAAAAAGUGAAACUUUGAGAAGUAUUUACCGACCGACUAAACCGCAUAGGAAAUAGAGCUUGCUUGUGGUGUUUGUGCUUUUCAAUCAAAAUAUGGCACAGCGGCCUUUCCUAGUAGUCCCCAAUGCAGCAAACGCUCAAUAUAAAGAAUGGUAGCAAAGAGCAACCAGCGUGACCAUUUUGAUUUAACAGUUGCCGGCUGUCUGAUGUUGUCGGGUGUAGUGUAGCGGGCAGGUUCAUUCGAAAGUGACAUUGAUUGUAGGCCUGCUUAAGGUGGGCUCAAUUUCCACCAAAGCAGUUUUUAAACGAGCACACCAGCCAUCUUUUAGGGUAAGUGAUGUCUAUGGUGGGCACGCGUAGACUUAAAUUGGCAGUGGCAGCCAUCAAAUAUUGCCUCAUAACCAGUUAGACAUCUUACCUUUUAAGAAGGAUCUUUGAAAACAGGAAAUUAAGUGGGUUUGUCUUAUAGGCUAGUUCCGUUUUGUGGAUUUUAACCACCUGGACAAUGAAAAGUUCCCGGGAAUGCGUAACACCACCCUUUACAACAUUUAAAAAUUUAACUUUCUAGGGAGCUAAUCAGACCCGCUUUGGCAUCCACGAGGUUUCGCCAGAGGAAGCCUGCGUUAUCUUCCACUUCCGUUUACCAAAGAAGGGCGAAUAUAACCUUGUCAUCUACACCCGACAUACAGGUGAACAGGUAAGCUCGUUUUGCGCAGUCACCUAUCGAAUAAUCACUAAGUAAGAAUUUUUUUAUUAAGACAGCCUUGGAGGUAGAUUGUGCUUUUAAGGUUUCAAGCCGACAUCCCCUAGGAUUUAAAGUCAAUCGAAAUACCAAGUUCUCAGUCAGAGCUGAGAAAAAAUAUAUGAACUUUGGACGCCUUUGAAUGAAAAGUAAUUUGCAUGGUUAUGUGGGAGAGUUUCAUUAGAUGCGUGCUGGUAAUUGAUGUCACCAUGUGUUUUGAGCAAGAACCUAAUGUUAUAAAAUAAAUUUUUAGUUUUUCCUUGAUUUUGAAUCAUUUUGCUAAAGAUACUAGCAAUGUAGUGGUGUAUUUGUUCUAAUUAACUGGUCCUUACUUGGUUUAUCUUACAAUGCUUAUAAUUUAUUAAUUUGUUCAAAAAUCAAAUAUAGCUCUUCUCUGACGUGUGUGAAUAUCGCGUUAGCUCAAAGGGUGGAGAAGGUCCGGUUGCCUUGCCCUUCCCGCCGACCGCACAGACUAGUUAUGGGCCGACCGAAAAGGCCGUUGAGUAUGGUCUGGAAACCUUGCCCCGUCAACUGCAUCCCUUUCUUAAGAGUCCAAAAGGUUUCGUGGAAUUACGCUUCAUCGCCAGCGAACCAGUGAGUCGUUAAAACUGUUUCUAGUUUUAUUUGAACACUUAGAAAGCAGUACUCCUAUUAGGAUGUCAAAUCUUAAAAAGUUAAAUUUUUGGUUCUGUUUAAAGCAAGUAGAAAAGAUAUUCUUGUUCAAACUUGGAAUGUCUAUUCAGCGAAAGCCUAAAUCCCGCUUUGCCAUGACAAGAGACUAAGGACAAAUAAAGAACUAUAAGCAGUCAACCCUUCUGAAAAAAUUUGUCAAACCCCUACAUAUCUUUAUUUUUGCUGUGUAAAAUACUGCCUCAAAACCAAAACCGCUUAUAGCGAAUGACUGAAGGUUUAGACAGCAGUGCAAUAUAUAAGGCUUUUUCUAACGGACGCCUAUGUGAAUGGCGUUUGAUACGAAAUUAAAUUGACACUAGGCUAGAUUUUCCAUCGAAUGAAUGCCGGCCUCAUUAACUUAAAGAGGAUCUGAAAAUACUAAGUUGUAUUUGAUAAUAAAUUCCUUCCCUAAAACUUACACGUACUCAUAUACUUCUGGGAAUAUAUAUUCUUUACAAGGAUUAAUUAUAACCUCAACGCUGACAAUUUUAUGACAUGUUACUUGUACUUUCGUAUUCUUAUAAAGGCGAUCUUAUGCAUUAUAGUAGGCACUGAUGAAAAUAAAAUAGAUGACUUCCGCGACAAUAAAAAACACGAAUUAUUUUUUAAAAAUGACGUUUUUCAUAGUUUUAGCCUUGUAAGGGCAAAACGGCAAUUUGUUACACAUCUCUGAAGACUUUGUUUUCUAGGAUUUGGGCGGUGAAUCGUUUAAAAAUUGUUUUACCUCUUCGUAUUCUUAACAUUUAUUUGGGUAUCCUACUAAGUUAAUCUUUGUGUGUUAUCUAGGAUGGCAAGAUUCCGCGUUUGACGGCCCGUCUUCGGUCGGUGUCGGUUAAAGCGGAGGAGAUGGAAGACUGUAUUCUCUUGCGUGAUAUUGAGGCCUCUCUGCCCACCACAGGGGUAUCUGUGCUCACUGGCACUGGCCCGUGUGUUCCCAUGUCCGUCCUGAAUGCUUACUUGCCGGAACCAGGAGAGUACGCCCUCGAGGUCUACGCAGCACCCACGGACACGGAUGAACCCACGGCCUAUCAUUUGGUUAGCAUCCAGCCCAUUAACAUUACUGCAUUUUGACUCCCCCAUUUAUACAGAAUACCCUAAAUCUAAUUGAAUCUAACCUGUCAAUGCGGAUGAAAUCGAGCUCUCAUAAUGUCGGAUCCAAAGCUGCUGUCAUGAAACCCAGUUAAGGCAUGAAUUUGGUUAAGACUUACUUCGAGUAAUGAAAGGAUUUUCAGUUAUAAUCCAUCAAGUCAAGCAAAGGACAACCAAUGUACGACAUGGUUUCAGGAAAAUUAUAGAUGAAAUGAGGGCAGUAAGAGGCUUGACAGCAGCUACACAGAAAAGGGGGUCAAAGAUUAAAAUAUUGACUUCUGAUAAUUAACUCUUUAUCAGAAAUACGCUUAAAAAAUGAGUUGAUUUACAAAAUAUAUUCAAAAUAGGCCACAGAAUACCGUUGGGGCAAUUAUAAGUUUCUAAUAUAUAAACCACAGUCAGAAACAUUUUGAAACUUUUGAGUGGAAGUUUACAUAAUGCCGACUCGCAUAGCAUAAGAUAAUCACCGAAGUCACCGUUGUGCAAUGAAAAGUCGCCCUUAUUAUAAAACUAGAGGAACUUUCAGUUUUGAAGCAUAGUUUUCAAUUUUCGAUUUCCCUUCAGCUUCGAUAUUGCGAAGACAGGUCUUUUGAAAGAGUAUUCCCCUAAUAAAUGUGGGUUACAAAUAAUUCACAGUAUAAAAACGGGACCAUUGUUGUAUAAGGUUUGCAUGAUACAGCUUGUCGUUUUUCCCCACUGGUUUAAGAAUAUUCUUGCUGAAACAGUUACUUAUUUCCAAUUAUCGCAAUUUUAUUUAGCCUUUCUGUCAUCUUGCUCGAGUUCGGUUUACGCUGAGCGACAAAACGUGACGCAAGACGAAGUAUAUUGUGUUGUGUCUGUUUUUAUUAAUAAACUAUUAAGUGUUCCUGAUUUGUAACGACUAGUAGGUUGCAACAAAAAUAAUAGGAUGGCGGAAAAGCCCAUUGUGUGUAAUGUUCAGUUGUAUUUCGGAUGCAUCGGGACGUUAGAUGAUAGGUGCACUCCUUUUUGACCGCACACUGCUAAAGUGAAUGUCUUUAUAUUAUAUCUUUUCCUACUGCUUCUCGAUGUCCUUAUGAAUUCAAAUAUACUUUGGAGAAUACUUAAACAGAAAUAUCGCUCUUGUACUCAUUUAGUAAAAAUCUUGCAUUUAUCUUUUCGAAACGAAAACGCAUUUCAAAAUUUUGGUUGACAUUUCAUGAGUUAGCACAUCUACUGUAUAUGUCCCUCAUACUUCGUUUGCAUGUCAGAUCUUACGGUGGCUUUUUAUACUGCAUAUCCGCAACUUAGUCAACCUGUCUAUUACAAAUGUUUCAACGUCCAGUCAGCCAAUAUUAUGUCCAGUUAGUUUCGGGGUAGCUUUUACAAGACAAAGUCCAUCCUUAGCAUUCCCUAAACUAAAAAAGCACUAUCAGUUUAAUUUUUUGCUUUGAAACGAGUGCAAGUAAUUUUACAAUUUCUGAGCAUCACUGGUCACUCCUCUAUUAAGAAUUUAUUGCAGGCUGAUUUUACUUUUCCAUAAGAAGAAGCUUCAUCAAAAAUUUAAUAUUUUUGCAGUGAACCUUUAAGACGGGAAUUUGUGUACAUAUUUGCGGAUAAGAAUUUAUUUAAAUUAGCCUGCUUUUAGAUAGAAACAUUACUUCCAAGCUCUCCGGUAUUUCCCAUCGUUUCUUAUCGAUUUUAGACAACAUUUUGAUUACUACCGCUUUAAAGGUCCCGUCAUCGUUUAAGGACAAUAUGAAUAACACAUUAUUAAAAAAACCAUCAAGCAGUGCAAAGCGGUCGAAAACGACAAUGGUAAAAAAAUGUUGCUCCUGGGCCACGUAAAUAGAUGCCCCUUGAGCAACUAUCCAAAUGAGCACAUUCGGGUCUUGCUUUCAUACCAAAAAGGACUGAUGUGACCAACAGAUAUCGAUCUAUUCUCCAUUAAACUCUACUUUGAAUACCACAUCUUAUCGUCGAAAGUCUAACAUGGUUUCAAAACAAAUUUCGUGUAACAACGUGCUUCAUCUUUUAGUUGUGAAGACGUAGUUAAUAUUAGCAUUUUGGUUAAACAGAUUUAUGAAAAAUAAUUGAAGCAGGGUUGUAAACACUGGAAAUGUAAAAAAUAAACAUUUUAAUUCUCGUUAUGUAUUUAAUGUCACAAAACUUGUAAUGUACUUUCCUCAAUUCGAUGAAUCAAUAUUUUUUGAACGUGACAAAAAUGUAAGGUCUGCGAUAUAUAAACGGACGUUUGCCAAUUUCUUACUGAAAAAUGAAAUGCUGAAAAUUGUUAUUUGAAGCUUCCAUAUAUUUUGCUAUACUGCAACGUAUAAAUAUACGAUGGUAAUUUAAAACAGAAUACAUACAUAUUCUUGACUUUUCCGAAACCUUUUUAAAUAUAUUUUAAGAUAUUUCAAAAAUCACUGAAAAUCAUCCUUACAUAUGGUUACAAAGACCCUAUUUACCCAAACGAACUGCAGUUCUUAACAUUGGGAAAUCGUAAUGCAAUUGAACGAACAUCAGUUGCCUGUUAAAUACUGUGCUUCUCUUCAUAUUGCUUAUGCAUUCCCCGUCUGGAAGCUUAACUGAAACAGAACCACGUGUUCUCCACGGCAGGUUUUAUUUAGACGCAAUUAGUUGCAAGUAAGAAGCUCCUUCUAGUUUUUGCGAAGAUGGCUAAAAUGUGAAUGGGAUAAUAGUCAAUUUCAGAUACCCGACAGUUAGAUUAAUGCGUUCCUGUUUUUCUUCAUGAAUUUUAGUUAUAAACUCUUUAGGAUUGCUUUAAACACCCAAAACAGCAUCACAUUAUUGCUCAUACGAGAGCCUUUAAAUAAUAAUACUCACAAAUUUUUAAAGGCUCGCAUAUUUUAGAAGAUAUAAAGAAAUGAACAAACGAAGGCAUUUUUUAUUAUUCCUGACAAUUUACACACUUGAAGGUAUGACUGGUUAAUGACGGCUAAUAAGCAAGAAACGGCCAUUCCGGUCUCCCUUGUCUUUGUCGGCCCUAUCUCAAAUAUGUCUACAACUAGUUGCUGUGCGACUGCCUGCAAGGGUUCUAGUAUGAGCCCCAAGGCACAACGGAACGAGCAUGUUUCGUAACCUGAUCGGCGAGCGCCCACUGUCAUAAUUGAUAUUCCCGAUCACAACCGACACGACAACGGGCCCGUGGCUCAAUGAUAGAGCGUCAAACUCCAUGACCGAAGAUCCCGAGUUCGAAUCUCAAGUGAUCCACACUUGGGGUUGGGUAUGACUGGCUGAUGAUGGCUAAUAAGCCAGAAAUGGCCAUUCCGGUCUCCCUUGCCAUUGUCGGCUCUAGCUCAUCUAUGUCUUCUACUAGUCGCUGUGCGACUGCCUGCGACGGUUCUAGUAUGAGCCCCAAGGCACAACGGAACGAGCAUGUUCCGUAACCUGAUCGGCGAGCGCCCACUGUCAUAAUUGAAAGUAUAAAACUUCACUGUUACUUUUCACAACCCAAGUAAUGAUAUUUUUUCUCGAUUUCCAGGUUUGGCAGUUCCUAAUCGAGGCCUCCUCCAGCAAACCCCUGUCUGCGAUCCUGCGUAGUCGGCUGGCAACAAUGAAACUGGGACCCCAGGAUUCUACAUGGGAGAAGAUGGGAUUUCGGACUUAUAGCCACCCAGAUCCUGUAGUACGGGUGCGGACUGCGGGGAGGGCGGGAUCCGAGCGUCUUCUUCUUAAGGCCACAAGCAAAGCCCAGGUCCUCCAACGUUUCAUGGGUUCGGCGGGUGCAGUGAACGGUGGGGUGACCGGGGACGAAGGCGAAAACGCAGGUGAGGGAGCAGAGGGUGAAUCUGUAGCCGCCCAGGGAGACGGCAAUGAGACCGCAGCUGCGAUUACGGAGGAAGAUGAAAAGAUUGAUCCAGAGGCAGCUGAUCUCUGCAUCACGCUUGGACUUCCGGACAAACAAAAGAUUUGCCUUAUCAGCCAGCUGGUUUCUAUUAGCGACGAUGAAGAGUUGGUGAGUUUUCGUUAUAAACUCUAUAAGAUGUGGCACUGAACAGGGCUGUAAUAAAAGUAAUACAUCAUAUCUACAAGGAAGCCCCUGAAAAACUCGUAGUUUUUUCAUUUGUACGACUUAUGCGUAUUGCAGUAAAAGAAAUUGCAAGUCAAAUAAAAUGUCGUUCCGGUUACAAAGGUGAUGUGUUUUGAGAAGAUAACUACUUCUUGAUAGUAAAACUGACCACCUUUCAUUACAUAUACUGAUAAACUAAACAGAAUGUCAACGACUUAUUAGGUCCAAGUUGCAUACUGGAUAUGAUCGGACAUUACAAAUAGGAGCAUCGUUUUUAAUAAAAUGACCGUCAUUCGGCGACAAGGCUGAGAUUAGGUCUUUCCACUACUAGUAAAAGAAAAUGCCCGGAUGUUGAAUAACAGAGUGUUCGGUCAGCUUCCUACUAUUUUCCUUCAUUAGCCAAUAUUUACCAUAACAGCCAACUACAUUGCAGUUACCCAUACAUAAGACUGGUUUAAAAGCUGGAACUUCACAAAAGAGCACUAACCGUACGAAGGAUUGUCUGAUAUAAAUCAACAUUAAAUAUCAAUUCGGAAAUAACCUGCUGAAACUGUUUUUUAGGAGUCAGCAGAACUAAAUGAAGCAAAACAAAAGGCAACAAUUUGAACUGAUGGAACUGUCUGAGUUUGCUUUAAACUUUGAAUACUGGUCGACUGAAUAGACAGGGAAUAUGACUUGUCCUACUAGUUGACAUCUUUAUUAAGCUCAAAAUGAUGUCUUUGUAGGUAAGAUAAAACUAAAUAUUAUUACUCCAUUGAUGGAAGAUAUGUGUUUAAAAUGUAGAAUGGGAUUUGGAAGGUUGCGAGAUAGGCGAAAGAAAUUGCAAUUAGUUAAAUCCAACCAAAUAUUGUGCAUGAAGCUACUGUAGUACAGGACUCAACUGGACAUCUCUAUACCCAAAGUAUAAAAUAGUAUAACUUUUAGCGUUCUUAGAACUUGCACAGUAGUUAAUUAAAAUUUAAUUUGUACAGCUCACACAAAAACCUUCUUAUUCAAAUCUGGUGCAGUAACUUAGUGUUAUUGAGUCGGAUUCUUUGAAUUAGCUUGUUUGGCAUGCAUCGAACGCGAAAUUAUGUGAAAUUACUGUAAAGCAGAAGGUGGGGGAACUAAUGAAAUAAUAAUUAAAAUUUGAAAGUAUACCCUUCAGGGUAGAUGAAAUUACUCAUCAAAAUUACCGAUGUGAUUGGCAUGAAGCGCAGACUAAGGAUAUUUUAUAAAUAUAGGGAUGGAUAUUUUUCCAGUAAACCUUUCGUCAAUAGUUGAUUAAGCCAAGUAGGCUAGAGUCGACCACAUACACACUGUGUACUGUAUAAUGCGCAGAACCGAACUCAUUAUAAUUUUAUGGGUUAAGUGAUUCAUAGGCCACCGGAUUAUUUUCGCCAGAAAUGCGUCGUUCAUGCAUCAUUGUCCCGAAAUAUGAUAGAAAUCAGCGUUAAAACCUUAAUUAAAUCUGCCUUCAAAAUCGGAACAGUAUUUUAUGAUGUCGGCCAGCGUUGGGAAACUGCAAUUUACUCCCGCUCUUAUUUUUCCCCACUUUCAGAAAGUCCACUCUGCAUGCCAUCUUACUUUAUUCUUAAGAACACUAUACUAAAAUGCUUUUCUGACCGAUGGAUAAAAUUUAAAAAAAAUUUGACAUCAUUUGCGUAACGAAGUGACCUCUGUUCAAUCCUGUUAUGCAUUGAAAUCUCGGAGGUGUCACAUAUAAAAGAUGCUAAAAGAAGGACAGAUUUGAACCAACCUAUCUCAGCUACAAAUUCGGCUGGCGGACGUGACUUAUUUUUUGCUAUUCGUAACAAUGUUGAUUAUUAAUGCAUUUAUUCGCAAUCAUACAGAUAUUUGUUCACAUGUUAUGUGUCUGUAAGCCCUUCAAAUAAUAUACAAGGCAGAUGUAUCUUUAUUUUUUAACAGAAGAUCUGUUCGGAAAUGCCUUCAAGCGCAAACCCAUUAGCACGCAUGCUUCCCCCUUUAUUUCGCUGAACAUAUAAUUUGUAGAAUAGCCAUAAACUGACUCCGCUAUGUUCACUCAUCGGCAUAUAGACACAGGCGCCUGUUACUCUUAUACGUUUAUCUCUGAUGUUCGAUUAAGCGUCCUGCGGAAACACGACCAAAUAGUCGAAACGAAAGUCCCAGGUGUCAUCGCUUAAUACGAACUGCAGUAUACGAACAGGUGUUGCUGGGUACUGCCAAAUGUAUUUACUCUUUCGGUCAACCCUCUUGGCGCCUGCACAUAAUGAGUGUUCCCUCCAUUAAGAAAAGAAUCCAUAUACUCCUGUCACCAUAGCCGAAACAGUUUUCUAAUGACAUUACCAGGGACUUUAUUUCAGAUUGGCAAAUGCAAGAGAUCCGGGUCGGCAGUCUGAGAAAUAUGAAGGGCUCAUCGGAUCCGGUACGGUCAACUGUCUCUGUCAUGGUCUCGUAGCUCAAGUGUUUAGGGCGUUGGUUAUAAUCAAGCCUUGGCUUUGCUGUCUUGAAUUUGAAUCUCACAGAGUUCGUCGAUUUUUUUACAAGUGGGUCUAAUUGAAUCUGCUAAAGACCCAAUUUCUGAAAUGUUGUUUAAAAUGCAACGCACGGUUCUGCAAGAGGUCACUGUCAGAUAAAGCGUACUAAAUAUUUUUGUUAAACAGCUUAAUUAUAUCCUUUGUGCACUUUUACGAAUCCACCGUAACUUUUCCCUAAGGACUGCCGCAUUUGGAUCAAUAAGGUAUCGAUUAAGACUUAGGACAUCAAUUCAAUCGUGGUUUCGUCAAGUGCUCGAAAUAUGGGGAAUAAACUAAACAUUGGAAUUAGAGUUGUUAAAUUUGUAUGAGCUCUUAGUUGACUCAGAGUUUAUUCGAAGUUUAAGUUGUACCACCCAGAAAAGACGUUUGUUGACCGCCUAUUAUCAGCAGCUUUUUCAGAGAAUAUCAUAUCUGUACGCUUUUGAGGUAGAAUUGCCCUAACUGUUUAUUUUGGAGGAUGGUGUAUUUCCUCGACCAAUCGGUUCCUCGUUUUUUCAAUGAUGACAGCCUGCAGAAGCGAACAUUUGACAUGACAAACUUUUCUUGAGACAAAUUGAUUUCUCUGCUGUCUGCAUCUAACAUAUGCUCCUACCCUAAUUACUCUUAAUCAAAAAAGCAGAUGGAAAUCCGCCACUUCCACGUCCUAAAAUUUUAAAACCAGUAAGAUAUUAUCUUUUUGCGCUCGACUGCACUGACAUGCACAGCUGCGAAUUCGCCUAUCGGUUUACGGUUCUAAUCGUUUUCUAUUCCAAGGACGUGACUGGAUAUCUGUUACAAAAGUCCCCUGAAGUCCUGGAGCCAGAUGAGCUACUGCCAGGAGAUCGCACCAGUAAGGGCACUUCCCUCGGCCUGAGCCUGGAACAGCCAAGCCAACUGAUUAAUUUGCUGGUGCGUAUACCCAAGAGUGGUUCAUUCUACAAGCUCUACCUCUAUGCGGUACCCAUGGAGGAAGAUAUACUUGGCUCGAUCCCACUCAUCUACACCUAUCUAAUUGAAGCACCUUACAGAAUGACCGCAGCUGAGACGCCCUACAUAGGCGUCAUCGCUGGUGAGUUCCCAGAGAAGAUCGAAAAACGCAAAGCCGCCGAACAACAAGCCGCGCAGAAGGCCUAA